UUUCAAUUAUACCUUGAAAUCUGAAAUUUAUCGUGAACUGACUCUGCGGCCCAGAACUCAAGCUUUGCCCCUCCUCACUGGAGCGGUUAAAACGUAUCUCUCGUUUCCCCAACAUUUUCUGUAGCUCGUGAAUGCAGCAUUAGCGCUUUUCUCCCCCUGCCCUCAACGCCUCCAUUGGACCAAAGGGACCACUACUAUAAACAUACCGAGAGAGUCCCUGCGAGGAAAGAAGACCACGUCGUUGCUUUUCACGGCCAAGUUUGAGAGCCUCUUGCGUUUACUUUUUAUGUUUAUGUGUUUUUUUUAUUUCCUGCAUCAUAAACAACUUUAAAAAACCGACAAGAAACCCUGCAGCUGAGCACGAUAGGACUCCCGACUUUGAGUUCUGAAAGUUGCGCUUGUGUAUGAGCCCAGAGUCUCCCACGAUUUGGUUUUCCGAGAAAGGAACUUAAAAGUGUUGAAGAGAAGAAAAAGUGCAUGAGGAUUAUCUUUAAGCUCCAAGGUUGAACGCCGUCGAGCGAAGAGGUGCUUUUUCCAGCGGGGAGCAGACAGGCAUGUAGCGCAGGAUCGAGGGUGAGUUGUUUUGUGGAAAAGAAAAAGAAAAACUUCACCAGGGACAUUUUUCAUGUGCUUUGUAUCAUUCCCCUCACUGUCUAGACACAACUGGGACGCAAGAAAGUCUCAUCGAAGUCUCUAUGGCAGUGAUCAAAUGUAGGCCAAAUGGCUUGGCACGUAGGUGAUCCCACAAUUUUUUAUGGUAACCCCCUGUACCAGCUUCCUCCACCAGAUAAACAUACAUUGAAUGGAAAUACACUCCACAAAUCCUUAACAAAUUUAAGAAAAGUAGACUCUAGAGUGUAAUCUGUGAUUUUCAAGGAGAGCUACACAACCCUUGGAUAUUUGGAAAACCCCUAAACAAAGCAACCCCCAGCAUAAACCAGGGUCACUAAAGAAAUAUACAAGUCUACUAUUGGUUCAUGUGACCCCGUAGAGCCCCGUUUACAGUUCAUUUUAGAGAUAUUACAUGAAGUAUCCAGAGGUGACACUUUUUCACCAUAAAUAACAAGCAUUAACUUAAGCACAAUGACUGUGUUAUUUGUGGCCAUCCAGUUAAAAAGUCCUGGUGGGUGUUUUGUGAACAUGCACUUCCUUUUAAACUUGUCCAUGAUGACAUUAUCACUUUGUUGUUGAGCUGUUCUUCCACACACUCACCCUGUGUCUUACUCUGUGCAUACAUGUUUGUGUCAGGGUAUGUUAAAGAUGUGUCUGGACUCGCACCUUGGACUGCCUACAUUACUGUAAAAUAAGGGGGAGAGUUGUGUAAAGGCAAAUAUAGCAUAGUUGCAGGAGGCGUAGGCCAUACACACACACACACACACACACACACACACACACACAUCUGGCUGUCUUUAUAAGCCCAAAGGCAUGCUGUGUAAAUUAUACGGUGCCAUAGCUAGUGGCCUGGAAAUGCACAGCACUUUUAAAAACAGUAGCAGAUGAUUUAAAGGUCUUAAAUUCAGAGACAUUCAUCCUCCAUCAUCACUUCUUUAUCAGCAAAGUAAAACAUUUUUCAUACUUACAGUAUCUGAUUACUUACUGACAAAAGGUAAUGCCAUUUUUAACCUUUACAUUAUGUUUUCGGAUGAUCUAGAAUGUUAAGGAGCAAAAACAUGUCUGGUGUAAUGUACUCAUGAUACUAUUGUAAUAGAUGUUUACAGCAUAUUGUGAGCCUGCAUGUUGAAGGGAAAGUGGCUAUUGUUCGCACACCCAGCGGUCAUUUGAGUUUGAAGGCCAUUUGAGUUGCCACAUGGGACAAACACACCUGUAAUUUUGGUCAAGUGCUCACACUGUGUGAUACAGCUAAAGAGGAAGAGAAGAGAAGCUGUUGUUAUUGUUGCAGUUUAGACUUAGGACAAAGAAAUGUGCAGCAGUCCUUCAGACUCAUCCUGUGGUUAUCUUUGUUAUUUUGCAGAAAAGCAGCAGUGCAUUGCCUAAAUAAAAUGGUUCCAAACAUAUGCCAGGGCCAGUUUCUCACUGACAUUGUGAUGAUAAAACGCUUAGUGGAUUCAAUGUAAAGAAAUACUUACACCACCCUAAACCGUGUUGGUCUCCAUUUCACAUUUCAGAUUGAUGUAAGGAGAUAUUAAAACAUGACCUUGACCCUGCAUUGAAUUGCGAUUUAUUAGAUCUUUGGAGUUAUUUAUUAUUGGGAAAAAUGCCAUAAAUUUCUUGGGUCAAACUGGAUUCUGACUCAUAUGUAGUCAGCUUAUAUUAUUGACCCAACAGCUCAGCAGAUAAUGGCCCACAUAUGAGUUAAUGUAUAGUGAACAGGUGGAUAUCAGUGGGCUAACAGAUGGGGCCUUGUCUUACUUACUCUGGACUUCUUCACACAUUAAUGAGGAAAAUGUCACAACUCUGAACAUCAUUGAACAUUUGUUUGUUAUGGUUUAAGCUGCUUUGUAGUGAUCAGCAUCUCCUUUCAGAUGUACUCACCAACUCUCAAGACCAUAGUAUUGAUCAAUUAAGUUGUUAUACAAGUGAGAAGACCACAUAUAAUACCUUUGUGGUUCAUUUUGGGCUAAACUUAGUAUAAUGGCCAAAAGUCCACAUAGACAAGGUGGGCUUUCAUUUUAGCUCAAAAUAUUUCAGUUAUCUCUUGCCUGGUUGUUAACAGGUGUAAUUAAACCUUUGAAAAGUAGGAUUAGUCUCUACAAUCCGGGUUUAGCCAGGCUCAACACUACCAGCAUCUUCAACGUGAGGACUCCAACGUUAUCUGUAUAAAUGAAUCAUAAUAAGGAUUUUGAGUAUUUGUCAGACCAGAAAAAGAAUCUUGAACAUUGCACCUCUGGUAUUUGGAUUAGUAAUGUGAUUUCAGUUUUUCAGAAAUACCGUUUCAAACAAAUCCGGAGAUUCAGAGGAAUUGAGAAAUCCUUCAACACUGAUAUCCUUUACUGUUAUCUUGCUAGUUUGAGUGGCUAGAACGCUGAACUAUUCAGGGUUUAGGUGUGCAUUGAUUUAAGGUAUUUAUAAAAAGUGAUGCUUAUUGAUCAAAAAUGUAGCUUGCAGGGUUUCCGUGUGUGCCCGUGAGGAGUAAGUUGUGCGGGUGUGAGAGUAUAUUCAGGCCAACAGAGAUGCCUCUGAGUUGUGUAAGUGUUGUGCUCUGGCAGUCGUCAGACAACAACAGAGCUGAAUGAGCGUGCCGUGACCUGCCCAACUCUCCCACACUCUACCUCAAGCUCCUUCCAGGUGUGAAAGGUGAGCUGUCAAUCACCGCUCGCUCCACCCCCACUGUUACAGUUCAGGCUCCUCAUUUUUGGAAACGUGACUUUUUACAGAUGUUUUUCUCCUAAUAGAGCCUUUAGCCGGGAAAUUUUCCAUUUGAUCUUAUGUUUUAAAUGUGUGCAUUUUCUUCUUCUUGCACAUUGUAUGUGUGCGUUGGAUUGAGAUGAAUGAAGGCAGUAGCAAACCCCAAGUGUUGCUGUUUUCAUGAGCCUGUAAACUCUUCUUAGCUGCCUGUGCCUGUGGGUUCAGCUGUGAGAAAACACUCAGUGGCUUUUUGGUGAUUGAGCAUGUGUGUUUGAGUGUGAUGUGGUUCCCAGGACGAGGAGGAGAAGGAGGAGAGGGUGGGGGUCACGGAAAAUGUGAACAGCACUGUGGUUUGGCUGGAAAAGACGUGGUGGCCGACAAUUGAUGGUGCCGUGUUUUUGUUUGUUGAUGUGAAGAGAGAGCCGCCGUUAUCAGCCUCACUGUCCAUGUUUACUCGCCCCUUCCCUCCAUCAUCCCUUUCAGCCUCAGCCACCUCUCCCCUCCCUCUCCUCCUCCUGACCAACUGUACCAACAUGAUAAGAGCCUGAGAACCAGCUGGGUCACAUCUCUUCCCCACUUAUCUUAUUUUCUCAGUCAGGUGCUGGGAAUCACGGACACACACUCACCAAUGUACUGUGCUGUUCCUCAUAAACGCUCAGUAAACUCUCCCGGCCGCUGUGGCAUCAAUCCCCUGAUUUCUCAACAGUAAGGUACAUUUUUGUCCUUUGAUGCAACACUAGAGCAUAUAUUUCAACUGGCUGAAAGUGUGCUAUGGUACUCUGGGACUGGAAAUUCAAUCACUGUUUUGACCUGAAUAUGAGAUGUGUAUUUUUGAAUCUCAAAAAGUAUAAAUGUCUCAAUUAGAUUGUCAUAGAUCUGUGCACAACACUGGACAGAGCCACUUAUCUCCAAAGUGCAACUCCUAUGACUGAGGCUAGCUCUCACUCACAACCACAACACUAGUGGGAUAAUAAAUGGGGAGACACAGUGAUGGAAAAAAAAAAAAGACUCAAAAGUCGGCCAAGUUAUUUGAGAACUGAGGCAGAGUCAUGAUGCUGAUUUUGAGCUUAAGGUUAUUAGUGUAACAAAAAAAUCAACUGCUGUCAUCUCACUGAAAUAUGUUGUCAUAGAGGUUAAUGACCCAAGAUGGCAAGCUCAUAAGGACCGCCUGAAAUGUGCUAAAAAGCAGAAAACAUCUUACUGUGGUUCUCAAAGCAGACAUAUUUUAGAGGUGUGAGUGUGUGAGAAUGUAACUGAGACACAAAACAAAGAUUUACUCAUUACCAGACCUGUCAUCAAACUAACAGCCUUUAAGAUCACCAUAGAGGCUUUACAUGGUUGUUUUUUAACUGAGGUGGAUGGUCUGAUAACCAAUCUACUACAGGUAAUUCAAAGUUUUAUGCUAUUAAUUGUUUAACAAGAACUUUAUUAACAUGUUUCCAUUUAAAUGUAUUUUGAAUGUAAAACUUUGCGUGUGUUAAACACAUUUGUUUUGUUUGUUAUGUAUUUUAAUUCCCUCUUAUUCUGUAUUUCUGGAUGCAUACUCACCCUGUUAGGAAUAUGCCAUUUACUAAGCUGCUAAACGUGAUGUUGUGUGACAGCUAAGCAUUUGUACGUUUCGUAGAGUAUGUGUAACACUAACCAUACGUUAUUGUUGGUUAAAGGUGACUGUGGCCUAUACUGAUCAGACUUCUCAUGUUGAAGGUCAUACUGUAUGUCUUUGGCAGUCUGUGCUGAACUGAUCAAUGUAAGACUGGUAAUCUCUGUGGGGCUCAGCUUCAUUGGAGAUCUGUCAGCUUCGCAAUUUUCUUCUGAAUAGCCCACCCAUAAUAACCUUCAAGGGGUUGUUGUUGUUGUUGUUGUUUUUGAAGUGAGGUUGUAUAACAUAUUUGCCAACAAAAUAUAUGUCAGCCCUGCGAUGAACUGGCGACUUGUCCAGGGUGUCCCUGCCUUCCCCCGAAGAUGCUGGGAUAGGCUCCAGCCCCCCCGUGACCCCGGGAACGGGAAUAAGCGGUAGAAAAUGGAUGGAUGGAAGUGUAAAAGCAACAGUGGAUACUGCCUUGCUUGGCCCCUUUGUUAAGAAAUCGGCUAGGGAACCAUUAAAGAAGCAUGGCUGUCUUCCCUUUCAGUCACAGUUACAUCUACCAUGUAAUUUAACCUUAACUUCCAAUCUCUGCUGUCAGUGUAUGAGUCUGUUUACCAUUUACAGUUAAGUUUAUUGUCGUAUCAAUAUCAAACAACUGUGUGGUGCUAGCUAACAGUGUUAGCACUCUGUAUUUUCAUGAAAUACAGUGCCUAAAAAUCUCCAACAACGUGCCAAAACUCUCUUUUCCAAAGACAACAUCCUUUGUGGACCUUAUUUGUUGUUGAGUCUUCAUGUACAUUAUCGUAUCUACAGUUAUAACUCAGCAGCUACAAAGCAGCUGAUGUUGAAAAAUAGUUGCUGCUACAAAAUAUCUCUAAGCACAAAGAACAGACCCGGAGGGUUAUUUGCAGAUGUUGACAGAUUGCUGUUGUUGCACAGGAUAGUACAAGGAGUUUGUGAAGGAGCUCCGCACGCUCAAAGAGUUGCAUCCAGAUUUCAGGAUUCAUGUAUGUCUGCAAGAGUAUGGUAUGCAGUGGAACUUUUCUUCUUUAUGUGUGCAAGUCUCAAAAGGAACUGUUGUAGAAAAUGUUCUGUCAAAUGGAGCUUAUUUAUUCCCGAGCAACUAAAACAAUGAAUGUCAGCUUAAUUUUAAAUUAGAAGAAUGCUGAAUAUUGUGUGUGUGUAUGUGCGUGCAAGUAUGUGUACGUGUAUGUCAUCGAGAGGGAUAGACAGGGAAUGUGCUACAGGUCAGACUCCCUUGCUGUCUGGAUGUCACCUCGGUGUGAACACAGCUCUAUGUGUUUGUCACCAGUGCUGCACUUGUGUGUAGUAGAGAAAAUGCUUUUGUGUGCAUUUGUGUGUGUGUGUGUGUGUGUGUGUGUGUAAAGUUUGUUUGUGUGUGUCUUUGUCUCAGAAAAGGAGGGGGGUGGAGCUGGAAAGUGAAGAAGCAGAUGCGCUUGUUAGAAACGCACACUGUCUGGACGCCUGGCUCCACCAUCUGUUUGCAGCUGCUGGUGUUUGUGCGAGUGGCUGACUGUAUGUGUGUGUGUGUGUGAGUGGAUGCAUGUGUGGGUAUGAACAUAGUACAUACUGUUUAUUUUGGGAUGUACUGCAAAGUUCAUGCCUUCAAGGUAUAAAAGAGAACACAGGGAAAAAGUUUAACAUGCACAAUGCAUUCACAAUACUCUUAAUUAGACAGAAACAUAUGACCAGCGUGUCAGAAAACAAAGAGUCUUGUUGUUUGUGUCUUGCUGGGAGUCAAUUACUAUUUAGAAUCCAUGAAUGUCCCUCCACUGUAUGUGAUUUUUUCAUGCAAUACUGAAUGCUCAGUCAGUGUACUGGGUGGCAAAGUUUGGUGUGUCUUUGUGCAGCUGUAGGAUAAAUCUGUCAGGGUCAGCUCCCAGCAGCUGCUGCUCCUCAGACUCUUGCUCCUUGUGUCUGGGAAUAUGUGCAGACUUCAGAGCCAUGUUUCCUAAAAACAUCUCACAACAGAGCCUGUCUCAGCUCCAUGGUAAGCCAGUGGGGUAAAAGAGGAUCAAAGUCCUAAGAAGAUUUUGGAAAUAUGAGCUAAAUCUGUGUGUUUUGUAACAGAUGCUUUUGUACUUUUCAUGUUUAACUCUGCUUUGAAUCACAUACUUCAUGGUUUCAUCAUUGAAGAACAGAGCGGGCAAGUUCUCAGAGGCAUAGAGGAGAAAAAAAGAGAGUACUGUUGAUGUUGAAUCUCUUUUGAGACUUGAAACCCUCUGAUGUAACACUCGUGAGAAAUUAAUGACCCAGAAUGAGUUUUGAUUGACUUAACUUCAGUUAAAAAAAAUUGAGUUAGAUCUAAUUUCGACAAUUCCUGUCUAUUAAAACAGAUUUCCACUAUUUUUGUGAUCAUUAAUCUACAAACAUCUGCUGUUUUGAUUAGGGAAUUUUUUAGUAAAAUACCCAAAAUACUUUCAUUCUCUCUAAUGCCACUUUUUAUCACACUAUUAUAGACCAAUAACCAGUGAGAAAGUAAAUUAUCUGACAUGAGCUUUUGGCAGCAGUAAAUCAAUCGAUAAAUCAUAAUUAUAAUGCCACAUAAAACAAAAGCAAGAGCAGCUGUUGCAAAUAUUAGACAGAAGAAUAACACUGAGCACAAAUGUCAAAAAAAAAAAAACUACUUUUUUUCUGAGCUCCCACUGUGUGAUCCUGGCCUGGUUUUGUCUUGUAGAAUUGGGUGUAAAAAGAGUACACUGGAGGAAGAGCAGUUACGAGCUGUGAAGCACUUAACCCGUUUGUUUUGCUACAGCGCUCAUGUGUAACAGGAGGGGAGGAGGAGGAGGUGGUGGUGGUAUUUCAGACAGAGACGAGCAACAGAGAUCAGAUUGAUUGAGUUACACACGCUACAUUUGCGUCCUCAGUUCUUGCUUGCCUGCGUCUAAUGGUCUUAGCAGUGGGCGACAAAGUGCUGUUUUGUUCCCACUAUUGUGUGGAUGUGAAUGGAGCAAAGUGAUGGACGUGCUUCCCCUGAGAGAGGCAGAGCACAGCAGCAGCAGAGCCCAGGACAGCAAAUCCUAUGAAGAUGCUAUGAAGGAAGUUUCUUUCUUAUUGUGAAAUGAUUUAAUAAAAGUAAAAUGAUCAAGUUUAGAUGUGCUUUGUGUUUUUUGUGGUUUUGAUGUGCAACACUGCCAGGCUGUCUGUGGCGUUUGUCACAGCUUUGUUUUGGUUUGGUUUCAAUUUUCACAUGGCCUUUGCAAGCUGAAUCUACACCUGAGUGGGUGGAGGGAAAACAUCACCUACUGUGGGGGAAAACCUGUGUCAACAUUUUGUUUUAACAGAUUUGAUAUCCGUCUUUUGUCAGCUGUUGACACAUGGCACAGACUAGCUGUUAGCUAAACCCUACCCCCCUUAAUGCUGUUGCUACACCUGUCAAACUCUUCACACCUGCAUGGCUCAUUAUGCAUUUUACUACGACUACUACAACAACAGUGGGUCAGCAGUUUCAGCUAUAAACAGACUCUGGAGUAGCUGUGAUUGUGUUGCCAUCUGUAAUACACUCCAUUAACUACAUCUGGCUGACUAAUGAAGUUUUGUGCAACAUGCAGUUUUUUUAAAGGGAUUUAAACUUUUUUAAAGUCAUUUUCUCUAAAGAAGUAAGUCUUGUGUCCAAGUGAUUUCCUCACAACUUUAUUCUUAAGAGAAAAUGACUUUGAAAACGUUGUGGAUCUUCAAAAAAAGUUCUGCAUGUUAAAGUAAUGUUUUUCUUAAAUGUUGCCCGAGCACUUCAUCCUAAGAAUGGGGACCAUAGACUGUAUAUAGAAUGGACGCCGUCCGCCUCCUCGCUGGGUGAAGCCAUCUCGAGAACAGCGCCCUUUGGUAAAGCUUAUCGAGCUGUAGACAAACUUUAGAAAUUUAUUACACAGGAUAUAAAUUUUUCUCGUCCCUGCGUGCGGUGUUGAAAUGUAGUUAUUGUAAGACUGGUUUGUGCUCAAGUCCUCUUUUUCUGUCCAGCUCUAUUUUUAAAAGUUUUUAUGGGGGUUACUGUUUUCUUUGAUUGACACCUGAUACAGCCUAUGGGUGUACUAAGGUUGUGUAGCUCACCCAGGAGAUAUGCUGUUUGAGCCGAGCAUCAUCACAUCGACUCUCGUCGACUCGCCCUAACUUAAAACUGUACCUUUGAUAUGGAGCCCCUGAGCUGACAUUUGAGAAAAAAUAUUAGAGCAACAACAUGGUUGUAAUAUGUGGCCGAGACAUGAUUAUUAUUGAUUAUUUCAAUGCAGAGACUAAGGUGUAGACUACCUCUAUUUAUGGGCUACAUGACAGUUUUUGUCCAUUUACUACAAAAUUUUGUUAGUUGCAGCAUGCACCCUGCUGUGAUACAACUCUGACUUCCUCUGCUAUUGUGCACGCACUCAUAAAAACACAAGCACUCACUCCCACACUCUUACUCAGUGCAAAUUGUAGCAGUUUAUAUUAGCUGGUACUUAGCUGUACUUAAACUGUGUUACAUUUGGACAGAUGUUCAAAGAGAGUUCUCUCUUGCUCUUUCGUCUGAGCUGUCUAACCCUCUCACUUGCUCUUUGUUCCAGAGGUUAUUUUGAAAUGAUCAAGGAAUCAUUGUAAACCAUACACAGGAUCUGCUGUGAUGAAGCAUUGGUGUUUUACACCUAUGUAUUUCAUAAAUAAUAACUGUUGUCUGUCAUCUCAGCAGGAUCCAUGUCUCAGACUAACCACAGCACUGGGCUUUUUUUUGGUGGUUUGAUAAGAACAAUGACUGAUACGAUAUUUUAUAUUUUAAAUUUACUCAAUUAUUAAUCUUGACCGGCUGUUGUAGUUGCUAAGAUGUAACUGGGGAAGCUAAGUGGGCGCUAUGAAGAAGUUAUGUGAUAGGGGCAUGCUGAAGAUUAGCCUUCAUCUCAGAUAAGUAAUUUGUCUUUAUAGAAAGUAAUGCAGUUCUCUUAACUCACUACACAUGCUGCACCACCCUGGCUGGCCUCAGUCGUCUACAGUGUCAAGUUAUCAGUUUGUGAUACAAAAGCACAAGGAGCUUGAAAAUGAUUCAUUGAGGCCAGUAAAUGUCAGCUGGAGAAGACAUAUCUUGUAUAGAUAAAGAGUUCAGUUAAAGGUUUAGCCAUUUUUUUGACUUGUUUUUUGUGCAUCUACAAAGUUGCUUUCUUAAAUUUCUGAAUCACUUUGAUGAGGUAAAUGCAUUUGGAAACCAUACUAUUAAUAGUUGCAUCACACAGAGAAAAAAUAUCCACCUCUUUUUUUGCUCUUCGCCACACUUAUCCAAGGGUAUAAAGAGAAAACACAACAAAAGAUGGCAAUGAUUUCAUUUAUAUUUAGCCCAUGCUUGCUUCCCUGAAAAGGAAAAACAACCUCUUCCCUCAGUUUUCCCUCUCUUUUUCUUCCAGCCACAAAAUUACAAUGUGCAAAUUCAUAAACCUAUACGCUGUUUUUGCACGCUGGAAAUAAACAUGACGGUCAGGGGAGAGCUUAAGCGGUGUUGAAGCAGCGUUUUUUAUUUAUUUGUGUCCAGGGGUUGGGUUCAGUCCCAAGCUAUUGUCUGUCUGUGUGUUGGGCUUUACUAAACCACACACUCCCAGCCAUGCCGCACUGAUUGCUAGUUUAGAGUUGCUCUAACUGCUGUCUGGUCCUUUGGCUAACCUCUGAGGAACCUGGUGGGCGUGUUUGUGAUUCUGUGUGUUUGUGGUGUGCUCUGUUCAUGCAUGUCUAUGUUUGUACACUACACAGUGAAAGUAUGUAGUUUGUCUUUGUGUGCUUAUCUGUGUAUGUGUUGACAGUGAUCUUUCAGGAGGCCUGUGUGGGAAAUUUUCUUGAGGUUUUAUUUUUUUUUUGUGCUUUUACUGUCAACUUGUGAUAUCACUUCCCCUAAGUCCAGACCAGAGGUGGGGGUGGUCAGAGAGGGAGCUGUGGCUUAGGUUUAUGGAUAGGGUCACAAUGGCCACAUCCCUCUUUACUUAAUCAUUGACCGCAUUCAUAAGGCGGCUAAUCAGCAACUGAAAAUACACAGUUAGGUGAAAAGCUGGAAUUACAAUUAACAGUCAAUAUUUCUUUAGUUUAAUUGUCUAUGCCCUACAUAUAAACGACUGUGUUAAACAAAUCCACCAUAAAAAAAAGGAAAAAACUAUAAAGUGAAAAGCUGAAGAAUAAGAGCACAGACAAAAAAAGCCAAAAGUGCACACACAGAAAAAAUAAAAUAAAAUUAAAGCAUUCAUGCUAGCUGAGAAGUGGUAACUUGUGAACAUUUAUCAAAGUCUGAAAAUAAAUCGGAAAGUGACAUUGUAUACAGAUUACAGAAGUAAGGCCACAACAGAUUUGGUUUCUUGUCAGCUACCAUCAGAGAACAUCUAAUGCUAGCAGUAGACCACUUCGCCUUUGUUGGCACUGAGUCAGUAAAAGCUCAAUACUAUUGUUAUGUUUUGAUAAUUUUACACCAAAGAAGAAGAAAAGGGUUGAUCAUCUACCAGAAAAAAGUGAAAAUCUGUCAUAUUUCAGGUUAUGACAGGACUCAUCAGUCAGGCACUUGCUAGCUUACAAUGACAUUAGGAAGUGGCUGAAAUACAACUAGAAAACAGAAAGAAAGACUGAUCAGCAACUUAAGUUUGAAAAGUGAGGUGACAUAAGACCCUAUUAUAGGGCGACCAAAAAGAGGACACGACUACACAGAAUGGAGUCACACAUAGUUAAUUUUGAGAGUUUUUUGGGUCAGGUCGCGUUGAGUGUUUUUUACGCACUUCUAACUCAGUCAGUUCAUGCGACACAAACUCAAAACUUCCAUACAAAACCCCAGACAUUUGAAGGAAUUUAUUGACUAUCUCGGACAAGGCCGGACAGGCUGGACAGCCCCCCAAAAAAGAGGAUAUAUUAGGGUAAAGGAAGACGUAUGGUCACCCUACCCUAUUAAGGAUACGAUCACUGACCUGUUAUCUACAGUCAGUUGUGCUAGCAGUAGUAAUAAUAAGCUACAGACUGGCUGAAUACUAACUCAAUAAUCAAUAGCUUUAUUGAUUUUCCCUGAAACUUUAGCAAAAAUAAACUGCAGUGAUGUUAGCUGACCAGUGGUGGAAUGCCAACAUGUUUUUAAUGCUAACAUUAGCUUGUUUAUGCUAGCUUAUUGAGUAAAAAUGUGUUGUUUUGUUUGUAACAUGGCUCAUAUCGAUUUAUUUAUUGUUUUCAUUUUAGGGUAGAUGAGCAGUCAAGAAUUGGGGGCACAAUAUAGGUUAUUUUGUUUUCAGGAUCACAUCACAUUGUAACAGGAUUCAGGCUUUUCAUCCUGAGUUAGGAAUCAAAGGGGGAAGCGCUAACAUAAAUGUGGUGAAUUGCAGCACUGUCGUUUUCUUAGUGUAGCUUUCUGGUUUGGCGUGUGUGCUGGCAUGAACACCCUUACGAAACAAAUCUCACAAAUACAGUGAUGCCACAUUUAAGUGAGCCGUCUCUGAUGGAUUCAGGACUUAAGAAUGUGUCCUGGCUCUUAAAGGGGGCAGGACUGGUAAGAAAAACAAGUGCAAAGCAAGUGUGAUUCAACCUGUGGCAAACAACACGGCUGCACUGGAGUCAGCAGUUUGUCCCCCCCCCAGCUCACUUACACACACACACACACACACACACACACACACACACACACACACACACACACACACACACACUUUCCUUCCUUGUGAAGCAUACUUGUGUCAGGUGUGCUCUGUUUUUCCAGUCAGGGUAGAGAGGAAUCUGGGAUAGGGUCCAACAGCACAUUGCCCAGAGCUCAGGACAAGACGCAACACAUCCACUCCAUCUUCUCUCCUCCUCCUUCUCCCUCUCUACUCCUCCCACUGUUCCUCCUCUCCUGAUCACUGGGGCUGUGUUGUGCUGUACUUCGGUCCUUGCCUUUAUUUUACCCGCAAGUUUUUCUUUUGGUCCGGUUGCCAGUUUUUGUGACUUCCAUUAGUGUUUUGGUGUGGAGGAGGAGAGUGAGUUGCCUCUGGGCUAGAGAGGUGUUCCUUUUUUUGGUUUUGUGGUUCAGUUCCUUUGUAACAAGGCCAGAUUGAAGCCACCACCCUUGAGAUGACAACACCUUUAGAUAUUCAGAUGAAUUAAGGCUAAGGUAUUGCAAAUCUGUAAAAGUCCUCAACUGUAACCUGCGUUUUAACCUGGAUGACAAAUGUUGCAUAAGCCUAGCCCUAUAUUACAGGUAUAUGUGCAUUUAAUGAACUUAAAGUUGUGUUUGUGAUCCUCUAUCAAAGCUCUUUACUCAUCAUAAACUUGCAAGAACUGAUAAGUUACUCAGAGAAAUGUUCAAAGUGCUCCCUGAACACCCGUCUUAAACUGUAAUAUGAGUGGGUGUGCUUCCUUAUAACCCCCAUUUUUGCUCAUUAACAGAUUUACAAGUUUCUUAACUUGUAGCUCACCAACAAACAUGUCCUUGUGAGCAUAUGUGCCACCACCACAUGUCUGUGAUCUUACACACUUACACCAUACAGUAUAAUGUCUGGAACUGUGUUGCUGCCAGGCAGAGAAAGGGGGGAGAAGGGGGGAUAAAAAGGAAAGGAAAGGCCUCCCACACAGGCAGAUAUGAGACUUAGAAGCUCCAUUAGCUCCUCAAAGCCAGCUGCCGGGUUCAGAUGGAUGUCUGCGCACAAACUGUUUGAUGUCCAUUCAUCCGUGGUCUCACAUCUCUGCCUCUGUCUCCUGGCUCUGCCUGACAGUGGGCCUCAUGGAGCUGUAGGGAGCACAGCUGCCAUGACUGUAGGUUAAAACGGUCUGCUACUGUGUGAUUCCUGCCUCUGCUAACAUCACAGCACCAUCACUGCUGCUGCCUCUCGCACUGCUGGUGAUUUUGCGAGCCUUGACUGUUUUUUUUGCAUCUGUAUAGGAGGUGGAGAGAAGGGAGGGUCUGAUUAGAAGAAACUCUACUGAUAAGAGCAAACAUGUAGUUUUGAUUUCAGUCCUGUCAGCCAAAAUUGAAAAGAAAAGUUUGUGUUGGUGUCUAAUUUGUCUUCUUAUUUCAUUUCCUUCUGCAGCACCCAUUCUUCUUCCCUCUCCUCCUCAUCCUCCUCCACCUCUUCUCCGGACAUCUUUGGGAAUGGGCCAGCGCCUUGCCUGGGUGCAUCUUUCCACCCGGUGGUGUGGCCGGCGUCGUGCGAGAGUGAGGAGGGCAGCGGCCAGGUCAUAGAGCCCGCCCACUCCCCUUUCUCGCCGCUUGCUUGGACUUUGACCUCCGCCCCUUUGACUCUGCCGCGACCUCCAGACAGACAUGCCCUUCCGGUUGAAGCUGCGGCGCACACGGCGCUAUAAUGUCCUCAGCAAGAACUAUUUUGUGACACGGAUUCGCCUGCUUGACAGCAAUGUGAUUGAAUGCACUUUGUCGGUGGAGAGCACGGGACAGGAAUGUCUGGAGGCGGUGGCACAAAGGCUGGAGCUACGAGAGGUGAGGACAAAUCUUUUGUCUCUUCAUCUGUUGGAUUUACUUAAUUCUCAAAGUUUUUUUUUUUUGUCAGAUUUAUUGAGUGCUUCUGAAUUUUUCUAUAUCAGCUCUGAUAUCAGAAUAUAAAGGGGUGCCAAAGAACUGCCAACUCAGCAACUGCAUCAGUAAGAGUUAAAAGAAAAAGAAAUAAACUUAAUUUUUAAAUUUUCAGAUUUGAGGGUAUUGUAAUGAUCUUAUAUAUUUUAUAAUAAUGUGUCAAGUUUUAAAUAAUUUCAGCCUCAUUGUAAAAAAAAUGAUUAGGUUAGGAUGGUAAAAAUCACUGCAUUUGUAAAUUUGUCUUAACCAAUUUAAUGCUAUUAGAGUCAAAUUGCUGUCAGCAGGUUUUUUGCACUUUUUAUAUUUUUAUUAAAUAAAGGUAAAGUAAAAACAAUAAAAAUAUAGAGUGCAGAACAAGGUCCAAGCUCAGUUUACUUGAUAAGUCUGUAAAAACAUCUUUUCAUUUACCACUGGAAAUAGAGAUGUGCUCAUUAUUUCUUUUAAUCAAUCUUUUACUGUAAUCUUUUAAAACCAGAAACAAACAGGUAAAAUCGUAAAUUUGACAUUUCUGCGAAUGCUGUGCCAGAUUAUGUGUGUGUCUGUGAGUGUGUUUGCUGUGUUAAUAGCCACGCGUCUUACCCCACACCCCGUGUGUCGGCCUGCCCUCUGCUGUCUCUCUCCUGUGGGGUCCUUGUUCGUCUCUAACGAAGCGUGGCUACCUCUGUCCAUUUUUCUCAGCCGAAGAAAGAGAUACAGCUCAUCCCCUUCUCGUACUCCACCCCUCCUUCUUCUCUUCAUGCUCUCUCUCACUCUCUGCCUGUCUGUGUCGUUACUUUUAUUCCUCUUUGUCUACAAUUGCACCUGGACUUGUUUAAGAGUGCAAGAUGGGUUUUUAUUGUUUGUGCAGUCAUGUUGUGUGUGACCUUGACGGCAGGUUUAAUUCACUCACCAGACAAAGUAUGUGUCUGUUUAGUUGAAAACUGAUUUGAGUUUGAUGGAUACGACCGGGCUGACAAAGUAAGAGGCGGGGGUGCACUUGAGCGUCCUCACACAGUGUUGUGGUAUUUGCCAGGUGUCAGUGAUGUUAUAAAUAAGGUGUCGUGACGCCUCCGCUUCAGCCGCUGUCUGCUUUCCUCAUACAUGCACACAUAUGAGGACUGUGUGUGUUAAUGUGUGUUUCCACCUGAAUUUUGUUUUCAUUGCUCAACCUGAGGCCCUAACAUGUGCAUUUUGCAUGAUUUGUGUGUGUAUGUGUGUGUGUGUGUGUGUGUGUGUACGGCUAAGUGUAUGCCUGUAAGCGCAGCUACAGCUUCCAUCUUUAUGACUUCCUCUACAGUAGAGUCAAAGACGUGGGAUGAAACAGGUGUGCUCACAUCUUUUGUGUUACGAUUCGCAUACACGCGUGAACACACAUGAAAUAAAACAUCAUGUGUUGUGUGUACAGAGUUUUGAGGUAAACCUUCAUUAGUAUAGGGACUUAUAUUGUACUUACAAUGUUUGACAAACUGUAGAUUUUCAUUCUGUUGACAAGAUAGAUAGAUAUAGAUAGAUAGAUAUACUUUAUUGAUCCCAAACUGGGAAAUUCUCUAAAAGUCAAUUCUCCAAAAGUCAUUUUGUGAGUACUGCAGCCAACAAAACAUUGAAUCAUACUUAAAUGUUUCACUAAUGAGUAGGGAUGGGAUAUAUGGGCUAAAAGAUUUAUCACAAUAAGAUCUGCCAUUCUGGCAAUAACGAUAAAAGUCCCUAUAAAAAUAUUAUAAUUCCAAUCUAUCUAACAAAUGGAGGAUUUUUCUGACGAUAUGUCGUGAACGAUAAUUUAUCGCCUAUCCCUACUAAUGAGAACUGCCUUUCCCAAAUUGCACCUUUGCUCAUCAGUGACAGAUUUUAUAUACUAAAAUGAUAGUGAGUAUGAUUUUAAUGCAUCAAAGUGACAAAAUUAGCUUGACAAAAAGCAGUAUAACUUUUUAAAAUAGCUAGAAUUGCAUGACUUUUUAAGUUCUGAUCAGAUCCCCGAAAUUUUCCCAAUAAGACAACAUGAGGCUUUCUCCUUUACGUUUGCUUUCUUGAUAUACCUCUCAAUCUUUUAUUUAGAAGAAUAAUGAAUUUGAGAACCUCUCCUGACACUAUCCCUCCAUUGUUGUAAGUUUCUCACAUUUCUAAAAUGAAUGAAGUAAUGAAAUUUCUUUUAUCUGCUUUCUUGUUUUGAUGAACUUGUUUCUUUAUUGUUGUUGGUGCAACUAGAGAGAAAUACAUUCAAUCUGCCAAGCUGUGACAUAGUACGCCCAUAAAGUUGCUGUAUAAAAAGACUAGUGUAGAACUAAAUGUAGUAGCUUGGCCCAAUGGAUUAGCCAAUUGUUGGCUGAUAGGCUUUUUAAGUCAAUGUUAAUAUCAGUAAAGGAUGCAUCUGUAAAAAAGGCUAACUUUUAAGGGAGCUUGUUGACCAGAACAUUGGUUGAUUUUAUCUCUUGUCUCGUGUUUUUGUUGAUCAUUGAGUUUAUUUGUGUCAGUCAUCUGUAGACAGAAAAACCAACAGCAGACGUAGUUUCAUUUAGUUCACAGAGAUCGGAUCAUUGCCUGUUUCUUCUUGGAAUAUGUUGGAUAUGGUAGAACAUUUAAGCCGAUGAAGUCAUUCUGCUGACAUUGAAGAUUUGAGCAGAUUUGAGCAGAAAUAUGUGCUUGUCAUAAUUCUGCUGGAUCUUAUCUCCUUUCUGCUCAACUAAACUCUCCCCAUUCUAUCCCUCUGGUAGUUUCCCAUUGCUUUCUCCUCAUCAUCCUUCUUCAAGCUUGCACAACUUAAUUUUUAUUUGCUUCUUCCUAAACCUCCCCAACUUUUUUCUGUCUAUAACUUCUGUACCUGUCUCUCACUCUCUGUGCAUCUCUGUCUUGUUUUCAGACCCAUUACUUUGGGCUGUGGUUCCAAGGAAAGACUCAGACCCCGGCCCAGCGCUGGGUGGAGCUGGAGAAGCCCCUCAAGAAGCAGCUGGACAAGUUUGGCAAUGAACCACUGCUCUUCUUUGGAGUCAUGUUCUACGUGCCCAGUGUUUCUCGGCUGGAGCAAGAAGCCACCAGGUAAGUACAUCACCUGAAGCCUUCUCUCUUCCCUCAUAUGUUUAUACACCUAAAAUGCAUCAGGUUUUUCACUUUACACUCAGUUACAAAAGCCACAAUGGUUUUACUUCUUCACUCAUCUGUAUUUCCUUUAGUUCACACUAAAAUAUCUCUUAGUAAAGCUGCUGUGAGUGAGAAGAGCAAGUUAAUUGAGAAUUGGUUGUUUUAAAAACUGGAAUGAAAACACCUGCAAAUGUUGCUCUCAGUUCCAGUUGUGUGUCCCAGCUGGAAAAAGAUUGAGAAGAAAUCAAUCAAAAUAACUCUUAGGUGUCCACAGUGUUGAAAACUUUGCAGCUCACUUCAUAAAAUACAAUCCAGUGUCGUCUGCGUACUAUCUAGACAAGAAAAACAAAGGGGGGAAACCAUUUAAAAAUUGCAUAAUAAUUGCAUAUGUAAACAGUAGAAUUAUACUUAUUUAAACAGAGAAGGCUUUGGUGAUAGAGUCGUACUAAUACUGUUUAAGGACAGAAGUGUAGUAGCUUUAUUCACACAUGCCAAAACGUGUUGAAAUUUUCAGGGUGGGCUGUGUGAAUGCAAACAGUUUCGUAUUCAUCACCCUAACCCAGAUUUUUCCUGCCAGCUCCCUGGCAAAAUUUCUGCAAGGUCAGGUGAACUCGUGUGAACACAGAAAAUUUACCACCUCACCUCUGAUUUGUUGGUCAGGUCUGUCAUCUCACUACUCUACGAACUUGCUACAUCCUUUAGAAAUACAGACAGAAGACUGAUGGCUAAGAAUUACGUUUUCUUUUCUGCCUCAUGAUGUUGAUCGAGUUGAGGUGUUUUCUUCCUCCUCCUCAAACCAGCCUGUGUCUGAAUGUGAGAGAGUGUGAUUGAGCACUUUAGCGAGCUGUGAAGAGGGCAUCCAGGGGUCAGUGUGUAUUGGACAGUCUACUGCUUCAGAUUCCUCCACUCACACGUACACACACAGACACUGCAGGUUUGCCUCGCACUGAGCCGCUGAAUCUGCGGCUUCUGCCCAGCUGGAUGUGGGAAAGGUCGACUGCAGGUCACAGCCUGAUGUUUCCAUGGUAGAGUUAGUUCAGAGGUGUGUGUGUGUGUGUGUGUGUGUGUGGAUUAGGGCUGUCACAAUAUCAGACUUUGACCUCAUGAUUAUUGUGGCCAAACAAAUUUAAAAUAGUACUGUACCUCACUGUCACCUGCCCAUGUCUGAGGACACAAUUUUCCUUGCAGUAGUAAGGACACACAUCUGUGAAAUCAGAUGUAAAGUGUCGUUAUUUCAUUAAGGUCCCACUCUGAUUGAUUUUUUUUUCUACUUAAAGUAUUAUCAGUGGUCUUUAAAUUGUGAUUAUGAAGUUUUUAGCAAAAAUCACGUUACCUGAGUCAUUUUCAAGGACUUUUCUUCUGCAGAGCUCCAGUAGAUCAUUAGCAAUUAACCUGUAAGUCGUGGGCGGAGACAGCGCUACUCUGCACACUCCUCUUUACGUUAACUUGCAGCCUAACAUUGCCGGUGUAGUAGAAGUGGCAGGUAACAUAGGAACUAUUCAGCUCUCUAAAACUAAUAACUUUUGGGGACAUGAUGAAAGUUAAUAUCAUAAUUAGCUUUCUUACGAGCAUUCCAAUCCGCUAACACAGACGCUUGAUCGUCCUCUCUUCUUCUUAGAGUCUGGCCUGCAGAGCGGGGCUCCAGGGGCGGAGCUUGGAGUUGUGAUGUAGGAAAUCUCACUGUUUCUAAACCUUCUGUUUGGUCUGUGAGAGAUUCACAGUGAUAUUAAUGAAGAAAUACUCAGAAUGCAAUUUCACAAUCACAUGCCAUUUGAACCUGUAGACAACUAGAAAAGCAUGAUUUUGAUCAGAGUGGGUCUUUAACCAAUGCCUGCAGAUGCAUUUGCAUUGAGACUACUUUAAUAGAAUCCCAUCAGUCAUUUUUACUCUGCCCCCCAUCAGUCUCCUCCCUCUUAGUUUUACAUGGUGGCUUCAGAAUUUCAUGAUGAAUUUAUUCUUUAAAUCCAGGCAGAUCACAAGUAAAUAAAAGAAGAGAGUUCACAGUAAAAGGAUGAUGAAGGCAAUGCAUUUGAGGAGUAUGUUAGAUCGAGUUUGUAAGCUUGAUCCAUCAUCUUCACUUCUUAGUAAAUCAGUUUGACUGGGAGACUGAUGCCGAUGGCUUCCCAUUAUACUCAAGAACACUUACAUGUCUCGAUGAAUGUCUUCUCCUCGGCCCACACUGAGCCUGAAGCAGAAAUUCAGAGUUAUCAGGGGAAGUUCAUGACCACCUUUGUGGUGCCUGAUAUCUCUUCCUGGAGUUUUUAGUUUUAGACUCAGUUGAGGCAGCUUUCUUAAAGACAGCCUGGGUAUGUUGAGCUUGUUUCGUGGUAUACCCCCUUUUGUGAGUGUGUGUGUGUGUGUGUGUGUCCAUGUGUUUGUGUGUGUGUGUCAGGGUUAUGGGGUUGAAGGGGUUAUGAUGGGGCCUUAGGGGCAAUUUAGAGAACAAUAGUCGCCUCUUUUUCUCAAACCCCUUCUCUUUUUUUAACACUCCCCUGUACAUAGUGCCACCCCGACUCUUUUUUAUCAAGUGCAGAUCUCCACAUCAAUACGGUCCCACAUUUUUAAUCUCCCUCUCUUGGUCCCUCUGCCCUCCUUUUUUCUCCCUCUUUCUCCUUCUCUUUUAGUCAGGAAUGUUGGCACAGCCGUCCAGCGUAGGAGGCGGACCACACAUUCCUCCAAGCAGAAGUGCUGGGGGUAAAGGGGAGGCUGGGGGUUGGGAGGGAGGGAUGUCUGGUUUACAAAACAGGCACACACUCUCACCUCACACACCUCUCACACUCCCCCCAGGAAUCCUCUCAGAAGCCAGCUGCAGCCCUGUCAGAGGAGUUAGUCACAAUACAGCACAUUGUAAGAACGUACACGCGCCCUCAGGCGAGCUGUUCUCAAAGCCCCGUCCCCUUUUUUUUUUUUCUACAGAUCAAGUUGAAAACAAUCCUCUCUACUUUUAUGAUAAAGCCCUAAACGCCUUUUUUUCUGAAUCAGCCUAUCAAAGGAAAAAAAACACCUUAAAAGCAUAUUUUGUUCUUUACCUCUGAGAACCCCAUCAAUCAGCCCUCUUUUGAACCUAUAGAUGAAUUAUUGACUCGGGGUUGUUUGGGGUCAUUUUUAGUGAGGCAGAUCUCGUCUUUCUCCACACCUGGCCUCAAGAAGUGUAUAGAAACACAAAGAAGGAAUGAUAAAGAAGCAAGGAAGAGCUGUAAAAUGUUUCUAAAGACAGAGAACGCUUUAGGCUUUGGAUUUAUCAAAUCUGUGGUUUAAGCUCACUGUCUGCUCAUGUUUUUGGUAGAAAGUGUAACAAGUCUUAAAGAGUAGGAGUAAGUUUACAUGUCAAGUCACUUUAUGUAAAUGAGUUAGUGCAUCCUACUUUAUGACUUGCUUUGAAGUGUAUGCCUGUGUAGUCAAACUUGUCAUCAAACUAGGAUGUAAAAAUGAUUAAAUGUACCAUUAAGAAUAGCUGAUAACUUAAUGUAAAGAAGAUCAAAUUAAAAGUUCAUAAUAACUCGUCUCCAAAAACCGUAAAUACUUGAUCUCCCCCGAGUCAGAGCCAUGUGAUGUCUUUGAAGUUCUCACUGAUGAGUAACCUGAUACUCGAUCUCCCACUCUUCCUGUCCGUCCAUUCAUCUGUUUUCUCCUUUGCUCCUUUCAUGCAGCUGUGAAAAUCAUCCAGAGCGGGGGGCCUUCACUGUGUGUAUAAGUGUGUAAGAGUGUGUGCAUACAGGCUACAUACUUUCAUCAAUAAUCCAAUUAUAAAGCAAUUAAAGCAGUAAUGCAGGAGAGUCAGAGCCUGUGUAAAAGCUGAAGUUCUCCUUUUGUGCUCAGUCACAGUUUCUGACAGCGUUAGUCAAAGAUAUCUACGCCCUGAGGUUUUUUUUUGUCUUCUCAGCACAUUUUUUCUGACUAUGAAUUUUUACGCAACAGUUUCGAGGCAUUAAGACAUAUAUCCUGUGGAUGAUUGUGAUGUAAAUAGCAACACAUCAUCCUCAGGGGUGGGAGAAAAAAUCAGUACUGCAUAGUAUGGCGAUAUUUUGUUUGGUGAUAUAUCGUAUCAUCUUAUUUACCAAGUAUUGAUUUUUCAAAUUAAUUGUUAAUAUGAAGUCAAAUCGAUGAUAAUGGAAAAAUAAAAUCAACUGUUUGUCCAGUGAAGUUGGCAGAGGUGACAUCAUAGAGCAGGAGAAAGUUAGUACAACAAAUAUAUGUAAGGUUUGCAAGAUGUGCUACAUGAAAAUAAAAUACAGCAUUAAUAAGACAAACAUAAAGGACAUACAAAUGCUUAGUUUGAGUAACAGUUGAAAAAAUUGUAUAAAACGCAAUAUAUUGUACCACCAUACUCGCUGUAUUGCAGAAUGUUAAAAACUGCAAUAAUAUCGUAUCGUGGCUCAAGUAUCGUGAUAAUUGUGAUACCUGUGCUACUGUUUACUUUUGCUGCUGUUUUACACCUACAGUAUUGAAACAGUUAAGAAAUGACCCACUUCUUUCUUUGUCUUAAUUUUGUGUGUUGAACUUUGAGCUUCUUAUUCAUACACGGGUUUCAGUCAGUAGAGCGUAGUCUCAUUUUUUAAAAAUACUCUUGGAACGAUUACACUUUCAGAUUAAAGAAAGCAGACAAGGUGAGAUGCUUUGCUCAUCUGAUGUAUCUUCCAAUGUGGAGAGAGUAGUCAGCCAGACUAACCUCAAGAGCAUGCUGGCUUCCAAAAUACCAUGUGACAUUCCUGCUCUUUAUGCAUCCUGUGAUUGAAUGGGGAUGUUUUUUUUUUCUUUUUCUGGCAAGCAAAAUAUUUCUUGAGGAUUGGUAUUACAAUGGAUCUCGGGUGUAAAGUUCAAGGAUGAGCUGUGAUUGUGGCAGAACCUGAACUGUGCAUUGUUUAGCCAGAAUAGUGAAUGUAAACAUAAAUCAGAGUUAUGCCCUGCUUACAUUUGUAAGAAAUGUUUUUUUACAUGUGUGGAGACAGAUUGUCUGCGAUUUGUGUGCACACAUGAAGGUUUAUCAUUUCAAGUCAUCUGUCAUCAUCUACUAGUACCAUACUACUCGUUUUACAACUCAGUAUUUCAGUGAUUGAAUUUCCUGAAGUACAUUCCUCUGUCUAAAAUUGACAGCUUUGUGUGGAUGACAUCACCUCACUCAUAUCCCUACACUAGCCUCCUGUUAAACCUGAUUGUAAGAUUUAAUUUAUUUCUUUAAAGGCGAUUACCGAGUGCAGCGGAGUUUCGCAGCUCAAGGAAGAACAUUUAUGAUUAUUACUUCAUGGAAACUCACUCAGAGUUCUUGUAUAUCUUUUAUGUGCACUGCAGAUGCAGUAGUUCUUCUGCCUUAGCAUCUCAGUCUGAUUGCAUUUCCAUGAAGGAAUAAUCAUACAAUUUUUUGCUGCACUCUGUGAUCGACUCGUCAGGGCUCCCCCCACAAACAAGCAGCUGCUGGAGGAGAGUUGGUGAGUUUUGUUUGGUCUCUUUGCUAAAGAAAUUGGGCAAAGCUAAAAAGUUUUUUGAUGGCAAGUACUAUGGCUGGGACCCCAUAUGUACUGUUGAUGAAGUUAGGUGCUGUUCUGAGCAUUAUUUGUGGCUAUAGAGUGGCUUUUUGGUUGAGGUUUGCACACGGAGACGUAGACUGCUGUGUAUUGCUAAUGUGCGGUCGAUACUGAAGUUGGUAUAACUAGAGAUGCAAGCAGUCAGCAAUAUUCAACUCUUGAGGGGGUGUCUAACUCGGUGUUACGGUGAGUUUGACCCUAACUUAACUUUACGCCAGAAUAUUCCUUUAAGCUCAUCUGGGACUUGUUCUGAGUUUCAAGAAGUUAAAAUUUUUAGACUGUGUGAGCCAUCAUAUAACCAUCAGUCCUCUAAUGGGGCCCUUCUGGUCAUUUCAAAGUCAAGGUUCAGACCUACAGAUGAUUUUAUUGUCUCUUAACUCUUAGGUCCUUUUCUUAUCUCUUUGCGAUGACGUUCAGAAAAAUGUAUAGGUCUACUGCCACUUAAGAUCCAUUUAUUUCAUAAUUUUUAUUCAGUUUAUUUGCACAUAUUCCUAUUGACCUCUUUUUGUUCAAUCAUUGUUGAACUUUUUGACUUCUUCCUGUCGACUGUCAAAAGUUUACUCAGUCAGACUCCUGAGUUCCUGCUUUGCUUGGUCUGUUAAAGUACUUGUAAAUAUUUGGUGAUGAAGUUAUACAAAUGAAGUUAUCUUAUCAUUGUUGCAGGUAUUGUCGUUAUUAUAUCCAUUUGUUAUGAUACGUCCUGCAGAGGAUUUGUGUGGUCUGGUCCUCUGCCUCCCGCCCCUCCCCUGAUAUAAAUGAGGGGACAAAGUGGCCCAGAGAGAGCGAGUGAAAAACCUAAACAGAGAGCUGUUGACCGGAGUGAGAGCAGCUGGCCUCUGUCACCCCCAAAGGCCAACAACACCAGCAGCCUUGAAAUCCUAGCUUUGUUCGGCUGGUUAUCCCUAACACACACAUGCACACACAUACACACACACUUAUACUGGUUUGUACCAGUAUACCAAUAUGGCUGAUUCGACACAUUUCAAAGUGAAAUCCUUGGCCUCCCACACAAGCUGUCUGGACCCAUCCAGGGUUGCAGGGGCCGAUCAGGGUCAUACCACUGCAGAGGUGGAGGGGCUGAAGCAUAUGUAAGCACAUGCAUGCGCACACAGGCGCACACUGUCAUGCAUGCAUGCUAUACAUAUGCUUGCAGACUGGCUGUCCUGGCCACUUGGACAUCUGGCAGCACGUCUCAAGCGGGGUUUGAACAUGCGUGGGCAUAUAAAAGGCCUCUUUGUGUCUGUGUGGCUGCCUGGAGUGCCAGCAGAGCUCUCACCCCGUCAUGCUGGAAGUCACAAGUCACUCUGUGAAGAAACCUCUACCUCAUGUCUGUGUCUGUAUGUUCACCUGUUACUAAAGCAUGGUGAUGCCAUGUUAACAUACAUGCCAGGUGGGUGAAACCACAACGACUUCUUUGUGGACAUGUUUAUAAAAGUCUACAUUAGAUAUCCUUUGUGGUCGGUUGUUUACUUAUGUAUGUAGAUGUCUUUCAACAAGAACAGUAUAAAUUCUUGUUAGACAUAAACUUUCAAUAAGUUUUAUUCCUCUUAAGAAAUAAUCAAGGAAUAUCCAAUGUAGACUUCAUAUGGAGCUGGGACAUCUUCCAACAGUUUUCAGGAAACUUGGUUGUUUUUGGCCUCAUGAAUUACUGAAGGCUUCUUUUGCUUACAUUAGCUAACACUGAUGAAUGGACUUGUAUACUUCAUUCAUCAUUUUUGUAGCAACUUGUUGAAUCCUUCAACAGUGCUACUUGGAAUGUAGUUAGAUAUCUAUCAGCUGAUUGUGGCAGCCAGUGGAAAGUGGAGAGGCUUCAUCUUCCAGUUUUUAUUUGAGAGAGAGAGAGAGUGAGAUUGAUGAGACAGAUAUGAAUGAAACAGACUUUACUUCUUUUCACUUGUUCGGAGUUAUUUCUAUAGUUAACCACCUCUCCUUCACUGGCCUCAUAUAUCUACAAACAUCAUCAUGUAGUUACUAUUGAACCUCAGAAAGAGCACCAACCACCGUCAACCUCAACAUUUCUCCAGACCCCGUACAGAGAGUGCUGGGAAAACACGGAGAGGUUGUAAAAACAAAGUCCACAAUCAUUUGAAGGGUUUUGUGUGUCCCACGAAACUCCUCCCAUCCAGACCGCAUCUAGCUCCUCCCCCUCACUGCAGCCCUGGCGGUUGGGGUUGGCUAAUUAGAGGGUUGCCACGGGAACGGAAUGGCAGCUUAGCCAACGGGUGUAAUGAUAGGGUGAGGGAGGAGGGCGGGGUCAGAUUAUAGGCCCUUGAGUGUGCAGAGUGGAGCUCAAAAAAGAGAAGAAGAAGAAGUGAGGGGAGAGUUUGAGGAAGGGUAUGAGCAUGAAAUAUGUGAGGAGAUAAAGAAAGGCUGCUUUUAGGGCAGAGAAGAAAAAUAGGAGACAAUUGAGGAACCGUAGCAACAUUUUUGUGGUGAGUGUGAGAAAAAACUGAGUGACUAAGCAUGUAUAGCUCAGUGGUUUCCCAUAGACCUUUGUGCCCUUUGGCAUCCUCUCUGAGCUCUCUCUGACUGUGUGUUAGUGUAUGUGCAAGUCAGAAAAGGUGUCUCACAAACCCCACAUUGGAAAGACUCAGUCUGCAGUCACCAUGGCAACAAACAGGAAACGGUGUGUGAGGUUUUGUGCAGCUGAGCCCGGUCACCCUGACAGUUCCUCUCUUUCCUCCUGUGUGGCCACUCAAAGACAAACAUCCAGUUGGACCACAGCUAAAAGUGGACAAAAGUAGCCUGAAAACGCUAAAGAGCUCAGUGUAUUUCAGCCUCUUCGUUAGGGGACUUUUACCACAUUUUGUGAAAGCUACAAGCGGGCUAAACAAUCUCAACUGUGUCAUCAUAUCAACUUACAUUUGGCAAAACCAGCACAGCCCAAAGCCACAGUGUGCUGAGUUUGCCUCACAUUCACACAGUGGUUACAAAGCUCUGCUUUUACCUAACUUAUGGUGGGUGUACCAAACACGAAACAGCAUUAGCUCUUUUAGCGUUAGCUCCAUGUUAGCUGAACUAUCAGAAAUAAUAAACCGUGGUCAGUGCUGGUUAGGGAUUCCUCUUAAUGAGUCAGUGGUAUUCCAGAUAGAGGUGACUCACUCAUUCCUCACUGGGAUGCUGCGACAGACCUCUCUAGUAUGUUUUAACCAGCUAAUGCUGUUCUGACGCAUACUUUCUGUUGCACAAACCAGAAAGCAACAGUACAGUACGUUUGUGAUCUUUCUGUUGCUAAUGUGCAAUACCAUGAGCUCAGCUCUUCUCGGGCUACCCCUCUUUGAAUAAACGUGUCAAACUGGAACUUGUGUUUUCCGACUUGCUUUCAUGUAAUUGGUAUUCAGAGACAGUGUGGCUAGCCAGAAAAUACUUUGGCAGGUUUUAGGGAAUCCAGCUAAAGCAAGGGUACAAGCCUACAUGAGCUGUACUCUGUAAGUUUGAAGAGGUGAACUGACAGUAGCACGUUUUAAGCUAGCUGCAGAUGUGGCUAUACAAGUAUACACACACAUACAUUUUUUAAAUGUAAAAGUAAAUCAGUUCUAAAGCUCAAAAGUUUUCCAUAUUUUUUAUAAUUGUUAGAGUAAUCUCCUUCCUUUUCUUUCCCUUCAUUUUCUCAGGUAUCAGUAUUACCUGCAGGUAAAGAAGGAGGUGUUGGAUGGACGUCUCCACUGUACAGUCGAGCAGGGGAUCAGACUAGCUGGCCUAGCAGUACAAGGUAAGACAAGCUCACCCACACACACACACACAUGCACGUGCAUGAACAAACAUCUCAUGUGAAUAAUCUACCAAAGGAAGACAGGCAGCACAAGAGAGAAAGGGUGAGCACAAACUCACACUUUCUAGGGUCAUCUUGACUUCACUACCUAAUAUGGCUGCAUACCACUGGCAGAGCCCAGUCCACUUGAGUUCCUAUGGUAUCAGUAUUUAUCCACACACACACACACACACACACACACACACACACACACACACACACACACACACACACACACACACACACACACACACACACCCUGACUCCAUCUCCUCGGUCUUGUUCCUGGUUGCUGUCUGUGUCUCAGGGGGAAUGUAAACAGACAGUUAGCUUAUCGGUGGUUCCAAGGUUAGACUCAGGAAAACCCUUAUCUUUUGGGAGACGAGGAUCCUUUUCUAACUUCCUUUUUGUCAAACACACUCAAGAAUAUUUCUUAGAUGGGAAGUAACUGAUAAAGUGUUAACAUUUAGUAUUUUCACCUCUGAAUUAAGUUAUUUGCUCAGUUUCUUGCUACAAGGAGGAAGAUUCAAGGUGACGUACAUGGAGUAACUCAAAGUUAGUUUAAGCUCCUCGUGUACAGAGGCUGUAGUCAUAUGGUAAUUUUAUGCCAAUUUGUUAAGUUAUUCGUGGAGAAAGCUGAAUUUUUGAUAUUUACACGUAAGUGAAACAAACGCAAAAACUUCAAACAAUUACAUUUACAUCUGUAUCUGUUUAUUUGGAAACUAGAUGUGUUACUGUCUUUUUAACAUAAUAGCUUAACUUUUAACAUUUUCUAAUGAAUUAUGUAGAACAAAUGUUCCAGAUAAAGGACAAGAAAAUAAAUGUUUAUCUGGGAUCGUUAUCUGUAGCUGUAGAAUUGAGUGUUAAAACACUCAAAACACUGAAAACUUCAAAAAUGUUAGAAAUGCGAUGUAAAUGUGUAAUAUUGGUACAAAUCAAUGUGGGCUUACGUCAUUUUAAACCCCCCAAAUGAUAUAUAUAUUUUUUUAUUUUCUAUACAGCUGACUUUGGAGACUUCACUCAGUUCAUGUCUCAGGACUUCCUCAGGGAGUACGUGCUCUUCCCAGUGGUGAGUACUCAAACUUUCACCGUUUGAGUGAAUGUUUCUCUGUUUCUUUGUGCGCCUCAGGCCACACAUUCUUGUGUCACCUCUGGUACCGCCCCAUACAUACCUGAUUGACAUGCUCAAAAGACGGCAUGGUGAGCAGGAGUCAACACUAGCGGUGAUAAGAUCUGUUAGAUACCAGAUGUUUUAGGCAAACAAAUCACUCUUUCACUUUAUGAUUUUAACCUUCAUACUGUUUGUGGGUAAACCUGAGCCAAGAAUGAAGCUACAAACAUUUGAUGAAAGAGAUAUUUUGAUUUGCUCAUAUCAUCACCCACUUAGUCUUUACAAUUCACUUUUUCUUUUUGUUAUCAUCUUGAUUGGUAAGUUUGUGUUUUCUUCUUUUUCAUUAGAACUGGCCAAAUGGGGAUGAAGUGCUCGAAGAGUGGACUCAGAAAGUUGCUGAAGAGCACAAAAGUCACUGGUACAGAUGGAUUUACUUUUAUACUGACUGUUGAUGCAUGAACAUAAGAAAGGCAGAAAGAAAGAAUGAAAGAAAGAAAGAAUGAAAAGAAAGAAAGAAAAAAGAAAGAAAGAUAGGAAGAAAGAGGAAGAGAGAAAGACAGGAAGAAAGAAAGAAAAAAGAAAGACAAGAAGGAAGGAAGGAAGAAAAGACAGGAAGGAAGAAUGAAAGAAAGAAAAAAAGACAGGGAGAAAGGAGGAAGAAAGACAAGAUGAAUGAAAGACAGGAAGAAAAGAAAGAAAGAUUAGAAGGAAGGAAGGAAGGAAGGAAGGAAGGAAGGAAAGAAGAAAAAGACAGAAAGAAAGGAAAGAAAGGAAGGAAGAAAGACAGGAAGAAGGGAAGGAAGGAAGAAUGAAAGAAAGACAGGAAGGAAGGAAGAAGGGAGGGAAGAAUGUAAGGAAGGAAGGAAGGAAGGAAGAAAAAAGAGAAAGAAAGAAGGAAAGAGAAAGAAAGAAAGAAAGAUAGGAAGAAAGAGGAAGGGAGAAAGACAGGAAGAAAGAAAGAAAAAAGAAAGAUAAGAAGGAAGGAAGGGAGGAAGGAAGGAAAGAAGAAAAAGACAGAAAGAAAGGAAAGAAAGUAAGAAAGAAAAAAGGAAGGAAGGAAGAAAGAAAGAAAGAAAGACAGGAAGAAGGGAAGGAAGAAUGAAAGAAAGACAGGAAGGAAGGAAGAAGGGAGGGAAGAAUGUAAGGAAGGAAGGAAGAAAAAAGAGAAAGAAAGAAAGAAAGAAAGAAACACAGGAAGGAAGGAUGAAAAGACAGAAAGAGAGUAAGAAAGAAAAAAGAAAGAAAGAAUGACAUGGAGGAAGGAAGCAGGGAAGAAAGAAAGAGAAAGACAGAAAUAAAGAGGGAGAGAAAAGGAGAUUCUUUUUACCUGGAACUGUUUGUGUGUGUUCUCUUCAGUCGAAUGCAGGCUGCUGAAGCAGAGCUGCUGUACAUCAAGGAGGUGGAGAAACUGGACGGAUUUGGCCAGGAGAGUUUUCCUGCAAAGGUAGUGGAGCCUCCCACACAAGCACAUUCAGCCUCUAACAAGAAGCAUAUUUUUUGUUUGAUUGUCAUGACUUCUCUCAUGAAAUCCAUAUUUCUGCUGCAGGACAACUACACCAACGAUAUUUUCAUCGGUGUCUCAUUCAUUGGGGUAUUUGUCAAACACAGAAACGGCAGAUCCAUCAUGCUCCACAAGUGAGUCCCAAACCUGCUUGUCUGUUUUUGUUGUGUAAACCCAUAUGUUCAGUAGAUGUCAUACAAAUAUAGAAAAAAUCUGUUAUUAUUAUUACAAAAAAUUAGACGUGGGGAAAAUGUUUAUCUUUGCAUUUUUCUGCUUUUCCAUGUUUAUGAAAGGUGGAAGGACAUUGGCACCAUAGCGCACAACAAAUCAGCCAUCACAGUGGAGAUAACAAGCCGAGACGACACCAUCAUUUUUCACACAGUGAGUGUUGUGUCUCCUGGUGCAAGCACAUACAGUUACACACACACACACACACUCACGCUUGUUACAAGGUUUUCUUGUGGGAAGUUUCCAAAAAAAAACAAAACAAAACAAGAAUAGCAGAAUGUUCCUCUGCAAAGAGACAAAUGCAGGUGCAAAACUGGUCUUGAUUUUCAGUUAAUACAGCAGCUGUGUGUUUAAAAAUGUUUAAUGUUGUAUCCCUGUUUUUUUGUUUUGGUAGGAGGAUAUGGAAAUGGCCAAGUACAUCUCUCGGCUUUUCACGGCCAGGCACAAGUUCUAUAAACAGAACAAAAUCUGUGCAGAGUGAGUAUGAAGGCCAGCUGAAUGAAGGUUCUGCUAUCUUUCAUUUAAUCUUCAAAAUCGAGUGUAACAACCUUUUGACCUUUUGAAGGUUGUGUAAAAAAAAACAAAACGACAGCAUGUGAAACUUUUCAACAUAAAUCUUUUAGUUUUGGUACACAGCUGAUGUUUACUCUUCUGGUUUCUUUAGACCCACUCAUUCACCUGCACCAAUCAGGAGGAGACCCACCUGGACACACCGCCUCUCUCUGGUACUGAAGCCUUUCCUUGCUUUGAUGUCGUUCAGUGAGACUGUUUAUCACUCCGUGGUUUCACACUGUCCUGUUUAUUACUGCCUCUGGUCUGUAUAAAUGAAGCCAGAACACAGAUGGAGAAUAUGUGAGUGAAGGCAGAAACGCUCGUGGUUAGAGAUGUGACCUUGCUCUCCCACACAGGCCAGCUUUUAAUUGUGCCAUGGAGCCUUUGGUUUUAAUGGUGGUGCAGUGGGUGUUGUUGGAAAGUUUGCAGGGGUGUUGCUUGGAACUGAUUUCCGGUGCGACAAUGAAGGCAGUGAUUUGUGCGUCUGCCUCCCUGCUGGCCAGACAAUGGCGAGGCUAAAUGUGGCACAAUAGCUGUACAGUCGCUCCUCCAGAAUGCUCGAAAUUCACUCAGAUGUCAGUGUGGAGAACCACAGGAAUCGACAGUUGACAACUGAGUGGAUGUGGAGUCGAUCUUUGUAGGUCAGAGUCACUCGUUGUGUCAAACAGAAAGAGAAAGGUCUUGUUGUGAAAAUUAAAGUGUGAAAAACGUGAAGAAGUGGCAUAAAAGUGACAAUAUGGUUUGAUUAAUAGAAGAAAGACACUUUAAUGCGUCCGCUUAACUGUGUUGUUCUACUUGUGUUACAGCCACGGCCACAGUCCUGUAACUUCCAGUCAAUGCAUUCCCAGUAUGGAGAGCAUUACCAGGACACACAAAGCUCUCAAGGUAUGUGUUGAAAAGCAAAACACACACUUUUACACACACAUUUAAAGUGAGUUUCAACUGCCAGCUCACCGCAUUGACUGCAGCGUGACAGAAGAUUUCAGCCUUCCUGAUAAACACUGAAGCACUUGAAUAGAGCUAAUUGUGUCUUUCCCAUCAGCCGUGUGACUCACAACCAUUUGUGUUUUAACGAUCACUCUGCCAAUUAGAGCUCAGCAUUUGGGGUGCAGAGCGGUGACCUCAUUUGUGCUCCACUCUUUCAUUGACUCGUUCACACACUCGGUCUGCCUUAAAACCCAAAAGCUUCACUCACAGUAAAACAGAGUGAGUGGAAAAAUAUUCAGGGUGUGCUGCCUUGCGUGGGUGUGAGAUCAUUCUGUCGUGUGACCUCAGGCUUCACACUCCGAUUGUGUGGAUGGAGAUUAUGAGCGUUUGCUGCUUGUGAGCUUGAGAUAGUUUCACACGAGAGAAUCCUCUGUUUGCUGAACAGAACAGAAAUGUAUUCAUACUGCUGUUUCUUUUAUUAAGGUGGGAAGAAAAUAUCCAGAGGCUGUGCUGCUUUAAGAUGUUGUUGGCGGUAGGGAAGGGUGAUAAAUUAUCAUUCACGAUAUAAUGUCGGAAAAAUCCUCCAUGAUAAAUAUUUGCCAUCUCACGAUAAAUACAAUAAGUGCAAGUUGAUGACGGACUCGCAGCCAUAGCCCACACAGAGCAGAAUAACAAACAAACAUGGCCGAAGGUGAUGAAGAAGACGUUUCUGAGCUAGAGAUGCACCGAUCAAUUUUUUCCAAUCCAAUCUGAUACCCAUACUUGGGCUGAGCAUAUCGGAUGAUAUCUGAUACCAAUCCAAUACUACUGUUGAAUGAAUUAACUGUUUAGCUUGACCUGUGAGUGAAGGCAUCAGGCUUGACAUUAGCCUUGUUAAAAAAAAGGUAACAAAUAAACGCAGAUGUAAAUUUACUUAAUAUUUUUUAACAAACAACAAAUUCCACAUUAGCACACAGCAAAAAGAAGUAAGACUUCCAUGUAAACAUUUAGUGCAAAAGGAUAGACAGACAUAGAAUAUAGAGGGAACAGAAUUGCUGUGUUGCUGUGUAUGAUAUUAAUUAAAAGAAAAAAAGACUGGACUGGAACGCUGCAUCAGCGUCAUUCAUCAAAUAUCCGAUCCGGUUAAUUUUUCAAUAUCGGAGCCAAUAUCCGAUCUAAAUAUUGGAUCGGUGCAUCCCUAUUCGGAGCAGCUCAUUACUGAAUUACGGCUUUCCUUCAAGAUUGGGGUUUAGAGGAGCGCAAUCAGGUAUGCCUGACAUCCGACAGUAGAUCUGCUGCUGUUCACUCUGUGCAGUAAGAGUUUUCAACACAUGUUGAAAAUGUUUUCACAUUUGAGACUUGUUUGAUGUUAUUAGUUUUCUCUGUAACCUACCACUUAAACUUGUGGUUAAGUAUCUUAUUUGACUAUGCCGAGUUAACGACAUAGAAGUUGGCAGGUAAUUGUCAGAUUUCUUUCCCCUAGUGGACGGUAGUGCAGUAGAACCACACUUAAAAUCUAGUCAGUCUUUGCUGCUUUUCCAUAGAGUCUAUGUCAUUACCUGAAUUAACUCAAUACAUUUCUUCAUCAUCGUUUUUUCUCUGUUUUUCCAGCUUCAGAACAUUCAUUAUGCUUACUGUUCUUAUGGGAACAUCAUCAUAAUCUCUCUUUACAUUUUUGGUAUUCUUGAGUAUCCUCUUUCAAUAACCCUCCCUCCUGUUAGAGCAAGAUAGAUAAAUGCACAAUACAAGAAAUAACUGUCACUUGUUUACUUUUCCUUUUUUCUUGUCCAUCUUUAGACAGUAUCUUCCAUGACGAUCCCUACUACAAGUCAGAGACCAGUCUGGACCGUUGCCCAGUCGACUUCCCCUUCAGGAACGGCACGGUGCCAAACGGCAGCAUGUACAGCAGCCCCAGCCUGAGCUCCCUCAAUCACUCUCAGACUUUUGUCCCUCCCUCUCCCAUGUCCUCCAAUCUCAGCAUCCCUGGUAGUGAGCUUAUGCGGCCUGACUACAUCCCCAGCCACCGCCACAGCGCCAUUAUCGCUCCGUCCUAUCGUCCGACACCCGAGUACGAUGCCGUCAUGAGGCAAAAGCGGCGUAUGAUGCCUGCUCACCAUGACCUGCACAGCCAAUCACUUCGCAGCCUGAACAUCAGUAAUGCGUGUGCAUACCGCCAGCCUGAGGCUCUGGUGUAUAGCCAGCCAGAGAUGAGGGAGAGGGGCCCUUAUCAUGGCCUGGGGCCCAGCCCGGGGCCGUACACACCACAGGUAGAGGUCAAGCCUCUUUCUUUGAUUAAUUCUUUUUAAAAUUCUCGCUCUUUUCUUAUCUCGCCUGUUGUUUUUUUCCCCCCCAAAUGUUAUCCUUGCAGAUCAGCUACAGCAAGACAGUGUCACAUGGCCCUCAUCAAGGAGGACCCGCCAGCAGCCAGGGCCCCUGUCACUCACCCUGUGUCAAUGGAGGUGGAGGCAGUGGAGUGGUAGGAGGAGUAGGAAGCUCCAUCUCUCACACCGUCAGCACACCUGAGCUGGCUAACACCAAACAGCAGGGGACCAACGCAGGGAGCUACGCAGCCACAGCUAACAUGCUGCGAAACCACAUGUCUCGCCCCCCUCCGCCGUAUCCUUCAAGCUCUUUCCGCCCAGCCACAAGCACCCCGGACCUGGCCAGCCACCGCCAUCGCUGCAUUGGGGGAAGCAGCCCAGAGCUGGUGACUCGCAUGGUGCAGCUGUCUGUAAAGACCUUCCAGCCAGACAGCUCAGCUGUGGUCCACCAGUCCCUGCAGGAGGUGAGUGAACCCCUGACUGCAGCCGCUAAGCACCGCUCCACCCUUGGGAAGAGACACAGCAUGGAGGUGAUCAGCAGUAUGAGAGGAGGAGGAGGAGGUGCGAUGGAGGGCAUAGUGAUGAAGGGGAUGAAUGCACCGCUUCAUCGGAGGAACACUCUCAGAGAACAUGUUAUGCCCCCUCAGCCUCAGUCCAUUCCUCAGCCUCAACCCCAGACUCCUCAGCCCCCACCCCAGCCUCAACCUCCACCUCCCCCUCAGCAGCCACAGGAGCUGCCCAUGCAGAUGCCUCAGCAGAAAGCUACAGAAGCCCCUAUUGCGCCACCUGCAACCGUAGCCUACCAGCAUCAAAAGACUCUCUCCAAUGCCACCAUGCUCAUACACAGCAGCGAAAGUGAGGAAGAGGAGGAAGAGGAAGAAGAAAGGCCUGAGCUGGACGUUCAGAUCCCGAGUCUCAAUGAGGACAUCAGCAUCAGCGCUCAGCUCCAGGCUGCUUUGGCCAAGCUGCCUAACAAACCCCCUCCUGAGUACCCUGGUCCACCUAGAACCCCUAGCAACGCGCAAAUUCGCGCCCACAAUCACAACCACAGCCACCACCACAACCACACUCAAGGACCGCAAAGUAGCAACCCGGGUGAAAUGGACCCUAACCAAGCCCUUGAGCGGGCACUCAAAACUGGACAGAGCCCAGGAGGUGGUGGGCCUGGCAGUGGGGGAGGUGGCGCAGGUGCUGGCGGGACACUGACCCGAGGGGACCAGGGUGGGGUAAAUGGAGCAGUUUUAGGUCCUUCUAUUUCAGAACCAGACCUGACAAGUGUGAAGGAGAGAGUGAGGAAGGAGCCGGUGAAAGAGAGGCCAGUGUCUGAGAUGUUCUCGCUGGAGGACAGCAUCGUGGAGAGAGAGAUCGCUCAGAGGGUAAGAUAACAAUAAUAAUUUUACUUUUAUAGCACUUUUAAAAACAGAGGUUUACAAAGUGCUUUGACACUAGACAGUCUUUCAGAUGUUUUUGAAAGUCUGUAUUUCUACAAUCAUUUAACCUAUAAGUACUACUGACAAACACAGUCUGGGGAGAGAUGUUAGAAAGAGGCAGUGUGAGGGGGGGGGGGCUUGUUCAGCCCUCCUGCUUAGUCUGGAGGAACAAUAAUCUGACUGUUUUUUUGAUAGUCAUCCAACACCAGUAAUCAUUCAUACUUCUCAGCUUUUUUUCUUUAUAACUAAAUGGUAAAUUUAAUCUUAAAAAUCUGUUUAGCUAUCUUAAUAUUUCUUAUCUGAUUUGAGAUGCGUACUUUGGCACUGACAGACUGUAUAUAGAACAGACGCCGUCUGCCUCCUCGCUGGGUGAAGCCACUCCGAGAACAGCACCCUCUGUUGACGGGCUGCAGUAUAGGUCAUAAAUCCCGCCUCCUCCAGCAAUCUCUAUGGAGCUGUGGACAAACUUUAGAAAUUUAUCAUGCAGAAUAUCAAUUUUUCUCCCCCAUGUUUGUGAUGUUGACAUGAAGUUACUGUAAGACUGGUUUGUGCUCAAGUCCUCCUUUUUCUGUGCAGCUCCAUUUUUAACAUUUUUUUUUUUUUUUUAUUGUAUUAAUAUGGCACUCAGGAAACCAUAUACAUUCAUAGUAGGCAUACAACACAUUUAACCCCCCCUCCACCCCCCACCCAUAAACAAACAAAACAAAACAAAACAAAACAAAAAGUCACCCAACUUUACAAAUGAUUCUUGGCUGUACAUAAAUGUAGUUCUCAUAUCACAGUAGCUAGGUAUGCACAAUGAGAUAAAAUGAAACAAGAACAAACAAUAAAAUAAUAGGAUAUUAAAAAUAAAUUAAAAAAUAAAUAAAUAAAAGAAUGCAUCUCUCUACUCAUACAUCUGAUGUUUUGUCCUCCAAGAAAGAUAGGUAUUUCCCCCAUUUUUUAUAAUAAACCUCAAGUCUACCAAAUGACUUCCAUGACAACCUUUCCAAGGCUGCCACUUUAGCCAACUGAGCAGACCACUCCUGUGUUGAGGGCACCCCCUCAGUCUUCCAUUCCCUGAGUAAUAUCUGUCUUCCUGUCAUAAUGCUUGUUUGGAUCCAGCUUUUAAUGUGCUUACUCCCCUCUGUUAGGACAGAGUCAUCUCCCAAAACAAAAAGUCUGGGGCAGAAUUGUAUUGGAAUCUCUGCUAUCUCACUAAUAAAGCUGUGAAUCCAUGACCAGAACUGCUGAACUUUAUCACAGGACCAUAGUGUAUGUAAUAGAUAGCCCUCUGCAGCUUUGCACCGCCAGCAGUUUGAGUUCUCAAUCAGACCUAGUCUGAACAGUCUAGAGGGGGUCCAGUAAAAGCGGUGCAGGAUUUUGAACUGCAUCAAACGCACUCUUGCAUCCCUAGACAUAGUUUUUAUGUUCUUACAGAUCUUUAGCCACUCCUCCUCUUCUAUUCUCAAACCAAGGUCUCUCUCCCAUGUAUUUUUAAGUGCUAGCAAGCCUCCAUCCCCAGUUGUCUGAUUCAGCAUAGAAUAAUACAUAGAGGCCUUGAAUCCUUGCCUAUAGUAUCUCAGUAUGUCCUCAAGUAGUCCAGCUGUCUUUGGAGCAGAAUGAGCAAAAAUGCUCAUUAACAUGUGGCGUAGCUGUAAGUACCUAUAGAAAUGUGACUUGGGGAUCCCAUAUUGAUGACUUAACUCAUCAAAUGAUUUCAAAGUGUUGUUGGAGUAUAAAUCACCCAGAGUAGCAAUACCCUUCUCCCUCCAAUCCUUCCACCACACAGGGGAUUUGUUAAUACAUAAUUUGGGAUUUAACCAGAUACUAGAGUACACAUUUAGAAAAGGAUCUAGAUUAAACAGUCUGGUAAUUUUACUCCAUAUCCCUUUCAUGUUGGAGAAUAUUGGAUGACUUUUGAUUGCCCCUGAGAGCUUAACUGAGAGACACUGGAGUAGUGGCACAGGGGCAAUAGUUUGUUCAAUAGAGAACCAGGGUGGAGCCCUCUCUGGUGGGAGUGACCAGUGGGCUAGAUGUCUCAAACUAAAGGCGUAAUAAUAAAAUAACAUAUUAGGCAAUCCUAAACCCCCUCUAUCAACAGGUCUUUGUAGUUUUUUAAUAUGUAAGCGGGGCUUCUUACCAUUCCAAACAAAUUUUUUCACUAUCCUAUCAAACCAUGUAAAGUAAGUCAUGGGAAUCUCCAGAGGAAUAGAAUGAAUUAAAUAAUUUAGUUUAGGGACACAGUUCAUUUUAACCACAUUAACCUUACCAACCAUUGAUAACUUUAGUGUUGCCCAUCUACUGGUAUCACAAUCAAUUUUAUUUAGUAAUGGAUCGAAAUUUACCUUAACUAGAUCUUUUAGCUGUGGUGGAAAGAGUAUGCCCAAGUAUCUUAUACCCUGACUGGGCCAUUGAAAUGCGCCUGGUUGGAAGGCUGAGGGUGGGCAGUAAGCUGUUAAAGGGAGCGCCUCUGAUUUAGACCAAUUCACCCUAUAUCCUGAAAACUUUGAAAAUGAAUUAAUUAUUCUCAAAAGAGCAGGCACUGACCGACCUGGUUCAGAGACAAAUAAUAAAAUAUCGUCUGCAAAAAGCAGAAGUUUAUGUACUUCACCCCCUGCCCUUACUCCUGGAAAGUCAGUAGCCCUUCUUAUAGCAGCUGCCAAAGGCUCUAAUGCCAAGCAAAAUAACAAGGGUGAUAGGGGUGAGCCUUGUCUGGUUCCUCUCCCUAGGGUGAAAUAGUCUGAUAUGAGUCCAUUGGUUUGAACCGCAGCUUCUGGUUGAUUGUAAAGUAACUGAAUCCAUUUGAUAAACUUACUACCAAACCCAUAUAUAUCCAGUAUUUUUAACAAAUAGCCCCAUUCAACCAUAUCAAAAGCCUUUUCGGCGUCUAAAGAAAUGGCUGCCACAGGGGAUUGCUCAUCUGACACAGCCCACAUUAUAUCAAUAAAGCGCCUUACAUUAUCUGUAGAACUGCGGCCAUUAAUAAACCCAACUUGGUCAGGGUGAAUCAAAGACGUUAUGACUUUGUUCAAACGGUUAGCUAAGAUCUUUGAUAUAAUUUUUACAUCCAACUGGAUCAAAGAGAUUGGUCUGAAAUUUUUACAUUCUGUGGGGUCUCUCCCUUUUUUAGGAACCAAGGUAAUGAGUGCCUGUCUCAUAGUUUGAGGUAAUAUCCCUUUUUCCAGUGAUUCUGCAUAUAGAUCUAGCAGCAGUGGGGCUAACUCCGCUGCAAAGCUCUUAAAAAACUCUGCAGUAUAGCCAUCGGGACCAGGCGAUUUUCCUGCAGGCAGUGCUUUUAUCACUUCUAUAAUCUCUUCUACCGUAAUAUCUUCAUCUAGAAUUUGUUUCUGCCUUUCAGACAAUUUAGGCAGUUCUAAUGGGUCAAGAAAAGCAAGCAUUUCUUCCUCUGUUGAGGUAGAAGUAGAACUGUAAAGGCCCAUAUAAAAUUCCUUAAAACACUUGUUAAUAUCUCCAGUUGAUGUUAAGGUAUCUCCACUUAACGCCCUGAUCGCUGGAAUAGUGGAGACCUGCUCUCUUUCUUUAAUUAACCUGGCAAGCAGCUUCCCUGUUUUGUCCCCUGACUCAAAAAAGGUUUGCCUUGCCUUAAAUAAUAGAAAUUCAAUUUUUUUAGACAAGAUAGUAUUGUACUGGUACUUUAAUUGUGUUAACUAGCAGCUCCAUUUUUAAAAGUUAUUAGGGGUUUCAUGUUUUCUGUGAUUGACACUUGAUACAGCCUAUGGGUGUACGAAGAUUGUGUAGCUCACCAGUGGGAUACGCUGUUUGAGUCGAGCAUCACAGUGACUCUUGGCGACUCUCCCGCCGAAUGCGUACAAUGCUACUGCCCAAGUGGUGGUUCCAGGAAGUGGAGAAAAUCCCGGAAAUACCGAGAGCUUUUUGGCUUCAUAUCCGUAGACUGGCAGAAAGCGGAACCGAGUUGUCCAUAGAAUAUACAGUCUAUGGUUUUGUCACAAUUUUAAAGUGAUAGUUUUAAAUGUGUGAUUCAGUUGUUUGCUAGCUCGAUUCAUAGCUCCUGAUUUGCAAUAAUCUGGGGUUCAGCACCUGAGAGGGUAGCACUAGGCUCUGAAUUCCCCUAGGCAGCUAAAACCCCUUUAAAUCCCUCAGAUUACCCCUUGUGUUGGGCGCUCAUGUGUAUGUUGGCUCGCUGUUAAGGUACAAACAUUUGACACAGUACCACAAGUCCAGGUAUAAGUGAAAUCAUGUAAUCGCCUGAUUUAGUCGCGAUAAACCUGCUGUGAAGAAAUGACCUGAUGUGGCUGAUUAGGAAAAGGACAUUUGAGUUACUUCCACCAAAAACUCCAAAGUUGCUAUCCCUCCUUUAUGCCAGCUGGUUUAUCUCAUACCUAGAGGCUUCCCCCAAGCUGUUGUUUUGACUGUCGGACGGGGUAUUAAGUAGGUUUGGAGCUGUAGGGUGGAGCUGUCCUGGAGGUUUAAUAGCAUCAGAGAUUAGGAGAGGUAAUCUGUGGAGGAAGGAGGGACUGUGCAAUGUGGGUCAGAGUUUGGCUAGGGAAGAAAAAACACAGAACAAGUGUGUGUUUUAUGAAGAGAAGGAGGCCAAAGAGGUAGGUGGGACUAAACAAAGGACCGAAGGAAUGAAAAAUAUUUGAGGAAGGGCGAAAUUAGGAUGAAAGCAGCUCGAUAAGAACAAAGUGAGAAGGCGAAAAAGCUGCAAGCUGAUUUUAAUAGGCUUUGUUUGGACACCUUAGGAUAAACAUGCAUGUACACUGGUGCAGCCAGGUUUGAGGAACACACAUACACACACAUAAACGCACGUCAUUUUCCUCCCACCCACUUCGACACGCAGACACAUGCACACACAAACACAGGCGCGCAUGCUCGCUGUGUUUCGAGGUCGGUCGGUCUUGUACCUGCAGCAAUGACACCAGGAUUUUCCUCUCUCCUGAAGACGCUGGAACGACAGAAGAUGUCAGUGGACUCCAUGAAGAGACCGCUGAUGAUGGCCGCUCUCAACGGUCUCUAUGUGGCCCGGAUGCCUGUGCCUGAGAGUCCGGCGGAAGAUGGUGCCAAAGCUGCAACUGAUGAACGGGUAAGAAGUCUUCUCCUACCUAGAUGUCUCCAUUUGUUGAAUAUAUUUUAAUUGAAUAUUUUUAACUGUUGCAGAAACAACUAUUGCAAGAAACAAGUGUUUUUUUCCCCUUGUUUUUCUGUUAAAUAGCGUGUGCAUUGGUUGAUGCACAGUUUAAUUUCAAACCUUGGUGUGAUGGCCAAACAAUUUUGCCACUCCACUGCAAAAACCCAAAAUAAAUCAACUGUGUUUCUCUUAUUUCUUGUAAGAGGUAUUGAACUUCACAAACUAGUUGUUCUUACUCCAGUUAUAGAGUUUAUGCUCAAUACUGGAACUUCAGAUCUUAAUUCUAACCUAUUAAAUGUUCAAAUAAGACGUUAACUGGACUAGCCAGGUGAAUCCGGUUUAUGUUGAGUUUGAUAGGAUAUUGUUUUCACCAAAAAUAAAAUAAAUACACUUGUUUAGUCUUGACUCUUUGUUGUGUAAAUUAGUUUAUAAAGACCGAACCUUUCAGCAGUGCAUUAGUUUUUAUUUUUUGCAACAGUAGACACAAAACAAGAAGCUGUUUGGUGUUUCUUGUAAACAGUGUAAACAAACCAUGUUAGACUAGAAUCAUUAAAUCACAACAAAACUGCUUUAACUGGUUAAGUUGUUUAGUCAGUAAGAAAUGUGAAAAAUAAAAAACAACUUAAGAGUUUAACUUGAGUCUCUCUGAUCAUUUGAGGAUCAGUGGGAUGCCUUCAAUCGUACAGGUUUCUCACCUGUUGAUUAAGGAUGCGUAGUUGACGGUUUGUCAGAGUAAACUAAUAAACAGUCUGUAAUAAUCACACCAUUUAUUGCAUCUCAAUUCCCAAAUACUGUCUGUCUGCUCUCCUCUUUCAAUGUGGAAGUGUGAAACCGGGCCUUUGUUCUGACCGUUGCUAAGCUAACGGGGGUAAGCACUAAGUGGGCUGUGGAACGCGUGGCAUGGUGGUGCUUAUCGCCUCUAGGCCCAUUGGUAUGUUAAGAAUUUGACCCGAGAGAGAGCGAGUGAGCCUCAGAGAGAGGGAGAGUGAGAGAGGGAUGCUGGCCUCUCAACCAUGACAUGCCUUGUAAACAUAGCUGAAUACCACUGCCGCUUACUGUGCUCCUUUACAGCCAUGAUGAUGCAUUCAAAUACUUUGUGUGCAUUCAGAGUGAGUGAUAAUGAGAGUCCAGGAAUAUGGACCUUUACUGUGGUGAGGUUUUUGGAUCUUCCUGCUCUGAAUUGUCUCUGAGGAAAUGUGGAAUGUAAAUGAAAGAGAAACCUCUGAGUGAUGACUAACACCCUCUCCUCUCCUCUCCUCUCCUCUCCUCUCUUUCUCUCUCUCUCUGUCCCCACAGUGUAAGACCUUGGAGUUAAAGCUGGAAGAAGAGCGGGUCUUCACUGAGUAUGAGCAGGUUCCCAAGAAGAGGGCAGAUUGUGUUCUCACCACAGCAACCCUGCCUGAAAACACAGAGCGAAACCGUUUCCGUGACGUGGUUCCAUAUGAAGAGAACCGGGUCGAGCUCGUUCCAAACAAGGAGAACAACACAGGCUACAUCAAUGCCUCGCAUAUAAAGGUGCGCUCAAGAUCUCAAGGGUUAAAUGUCCCUGACAGACAUUUGACAGACUCGAGGUCCAGAUGUAAAGACACACACAAUAUAUAGACAAACAUAAAAUUACACACAGACAUGUGCGCAGUGGUUUGAAUACAUACAAAUGUUGACGCUAAUAUUUCCAAAGGCUGGAAGAUCUUGCCUCACUUAGGGUCAAGUCAGUCAAAGACCUCAUGAUACAAUUGUUGGACUCAGUCAGCCUGCGCAUGAAUUUACACAUAAAAUUCCCAAGUAAUGCUUUAAAAGUGAGAAACAUUCUGAUCGCAUUUUCCCAUCUUUGGUACUUGAGGUGGAUUCUAAUGCUUUGGAAUUUGAAAUGAUGUCACACUUGAGUUACCGGCGUUUCAGUUACCAAGUUGCAAAAAAGCAAAAUUGGAGGCGGAAACAAGAUGUUGCAGAGGGACCGCAUAAGUGUCCAGACGUUGCUUACUUUUGGACAAGGCAAGCGCUAAAAUAAUUUUCGUAGAUGUAGCCAUCUUGUUUCUGCUUUUUUCCGACUUGUGUGACAUGAUUCCCAGCUCGGACACUUGACUUCCGAAGCAACUUGAGCGCAGCAUAAGAGCAUUAUUAUAUGCCACCUUUACAUUGUUUAUCUUUCCUUUACUAUGACUACACCACAGACAUGUUGUGUAAAGUGGAGCGCAGAAUGUUAAUGAUGUCACUAAGUUUGGUGAAUAAGCAAAAUCUGUAACAAAAAGUCCGAGCAAGACUGUCUUUAAAAAAAAAAGCAGCAUAUUCUUAAGUAACCAUUAUGUUACUGGCAAGAUUAGAAAAGCAUAUUUGCACUUUUCUAGAUCAGGUCUUUGGGAAAAAGCCAGAGAUUUUCUGAUCAUGUAGAAUUUGAAUUGAAAUUUCUUAUUAACGUGCAUAGGAAGUGCCCAACCUGAGUGGGCUUACAAGACGCCAAAAAAAAAGGAACAUUUAUUAGCAGAUGAAAACCAGAUAACAGACAUUAAACCAAUGAAGCAUAUAAACAAUCCUGACGCUUUUUCCAGGCUUCAGAAACAAAAUGAGCUAGCUUAAAGACAUUGAAGUUAAACAGCCAGUUCAUUCUGUCAUCAAAAUUCUGGGAUGGAAUUUAAAAUACUUUAAUCCAUGUUUACCAACAUUUUGGUUCAAAAAUCUUUGUAUUUUCAUUUAGAGGGAAAGAAUAACAGAGACAUGUAUUUUCAAGUCUAUAUCCAUAUCUGUUAACUACAGUCAAAGCCUGAAAGUUCUUUGCAACACCCACAUCACACUGCAUGAAUAAAAACAAAAAGCUUAAACUUGAAAUGCUCAGCCCUCCGCUGGUCUUUGUUGUGGUCAUUCCUAAGCAGGGAACAGCUCAGAGGGAUGGAGAAAAAGGCAGCCGCUGAAGGCCGUUAGGUCCUUUAAGCUCGCAGAGGAAUUCCCAAAGAAUGUGGUCCAAACUCCAAACCCUCUUAAGUCAACCUGAGCUGCUCUCACCAGCCUUCUGUUCAUGCUUACAAACAGCGACUAUGCAUGACUUUGCAUUUCAUGUCUUUGCCUAAUUGCAGUCCGGUGCGUGAGAAUGGUCACCGGAGCGGCACUGAACCGCUGCCUAUCAGCGUGUAACCCUCUUAUUUCCCCUUCCCUUCAUUUAAGGUAGCUGCAGCGAAACUAAAGCCCUUGUUUAUUCCCCCAUCCAUUUCUUAAUACAGUGUUUACAAUCACGAGGUGGGCGAAGAAUUAUCCAGGACAUUAUGUAAUGACACUCUGAAGUCUGCAGGGUGCUAAAGAUGGAAAGUGUCAAGUCCUCUGUGGUGGUUAAUAAUUAUUAGUGAGGGACCGCAACAGCAGAGUUGAUACAAGACUGUGGAGAAAAGUGAUGAUUAUACUGCCCUCAUGUGGUGGAAAAUGUAAUGGCACUGUGGAAUGUUUAAUUAGCUCUGCUCUUGCUAAAAUACUGUUUUCUUGAAUUUAGAUUGAUACAUUUUUGUGUCUUUUCAUGUUUAUGCUCAUAGUUUAAUCACAGAAUUUUCCACGUGUUAAUUUAUUUCUGUAUGUGUGUGUGUUUUCCUAGGUGAUGAUCAGAGGAGAGGAGUGGCACUACAUUGCCACCCAAGGCCCACUAGCCAACACCUGUGCUGACUUCUGGCAGAUGGUCUGGGAGCAGGGGGUCAACGUAAUUGCCAUGGUUACAGCUGAGGAGGUACUCACACACAUGGCACAUGCAGAUGCGGCUAUUUUUCAGCGGCAGACAGCUGGUGUCUGUUUGUCUGUGGAAAAAAAGGGAACAUAUUAAGAGUGUGUUUGUAAUUGUGUCUUUGUGGUUGAGUGUAAACAAAUCUACCUUCGUCUUGCCCCUUUCCUCCACACAGGAGGGUGGCAGGUCCAAGAGUCACCGCUACUGGCCCAAACUGGGCUCCAAACACAACUCAGCCACUCAUGGAAAAUUCAAGGUGACUACCAAAUUCCGCACAGACUCAGGCUGCUACGCCACCACGGGGUUAAAGGUCAAACACUUGCUGUCGGGCCAGGAGAGGACGGUCUGGCAUUUGCAGUACACUGACUGGCCUGAGCAGGGCUGUCCUGAAUAUGUCCAGGGAUUCCUAUGUGAGUUGGAUUAUCUCAUUGUUAUUAUUUUGUGGGAAUUUUGUGACUUAAGUUUGUUUUAAGAAUGAAGUUAAUAUUUUAAUAUUUACAAAGGAUUGGAAAAAUCAAGGGAAAUUAUUACUGCCAUUAUGAUACCAAGUGUAAAGUGAGAGAAUGGUUUUAUUUUCUAAGGACAACUGAAAGUGAGUCAGUAUGUUUACAUGACACAACCAAAUUUUUGCCUUACCCCAAGUAAGACUGGACAACUGAAGUGCAUGUAAACACUUUAGUCCGACUAUAACCAGAUUUUGAGAGCACCGAUUAUAGGCGGAGAACUUCCAUUAAGACACCCAGAUAAUGCGAUCGGAAUUCGAUUUUCUCUACCAUGUAACCAGUGUAGCCGGAGUAUGAUAGGACAAUGCAUGUGCGCAUGCGCCAUGGCCUUGUAACCCAAAAACACCAGAGAAGAGGAGUAGCGUGCAUCUCAUCUGCAGAAAAAGUAGCGCGUACAUCCUGUAUGACAAAAACAAUGCUGUACAAUGCUCCAUCUUCAUGCUUGAAAAUGCCCAGCAGCAGUUGUAGCCACUUCCGACGUCUGGCACGAACCUGCUGUUGUUAUGUCAAUCAAAACAGCCCCUCGAAAAAGACCUAUAUCGCCACCUCGUUUUGGGGAGGAGGACACGUUCACAUCAAUAAUUAGAUUUUCUCAGCUGCAUGUAUACGCGGACAAGUAGAGAAGUUGGAUUCUUCGAAAAACAAACAGUUGUAAGCUUAGUCCAAUUAGGUUGUGCAUGUAAACGCACUGAGUGUUGCAUUUGGAAUCGUUCAGUAAUUUGUGUUCACACUAUUAGCAAAGAAAAUGAUUAUUGCUCUCAUAUCUGGACUUCUAAUAUGAGGCUAGCAGAUUAAUUUAGUCUAGCAUAAAGACUAGGAGCUAACUAAUAACUAUAAAUUCAAACCCAAAAAUAUGGAGAAACAAAAUUGAUACUCAUGUCAAGCUUUCUCUGUUUUCUCUCCAGCCUACCUAGAGGAGAUCCAGUCUGUGAGGAGACACACCAACUCCAUGCUGGACACCUCAAAGAGCCUCAAUCCCCCUGUGGUGGUGCACUGUAGUGCAGGGGUGGGUCGCACCGGAGUGGUCAUCCUCACAGAGCUCAUGAUCAGCUGCCUGGAGCACAAUGAGGUCAGUGACGAGAGUUUACAGAGCCACAGUAAGGGAUGCAGUUUCAUGUGGUGUGAUAUCAGACUGUGGCCUAAACAUCCCAAGCUGGAUGUGUUUUUUUUCAGUGACCAUAUUUUUCUGUCUUUCUUCCUUCCUCCUAUAGCCAGUGGAGGUUCCCACCAUGUUGUCAGAGCUGAGGCAGCAGAGGAUGCUUAUGGUGCAGACCAUCAACCAGUACAAGUUUGUCUAUCAGGUCCUCAUCCAGUUCCUCAAGAACUCCCGCCUCAUUUAAGCUCGGAGUCUUAAACUUUGAUGAUGCCACAGAUAACAAAUACGGUACUUAAGGUUGCCGCAGAGUUUUCUGGAUUCAAACUAAGAGGUUCAGGUUCAGACUUGUGGCAGUUUGUGUUAAAUAAAAGUUCACAUGGAUUUUCAUGCCAAUGUCCCUGGAGAAGGGCUGAUUUGUUUGGGCCUGUAUAAAAAAAGUGACAACCAUUUUUUUCUCUAAUUUUUUUCAGAUGUUUUUCCUCUCUUGGGUUUUAUUUUUAUCCUUUUAAUCUGUCUUUAUGAGCUAUCUCAAGAAAUAUCUGAAGAAAUUAAAUGUCAGUAUCAGUUUGAGACGUCUCAUAUAAUCUUUUAGCCAUCUCUCUAAAUGGCAAUGUGCUGCUUUGAACAGUAGGUGGCAGCAGUGUUAUGAGCAUUUUCUACUUUGAGUUUGCCAAACAAGUGUUCUUUGAUUCAACGUUUAGAGUAUUGAUAUUUGCAACAAGUAUAUACUUCACCAGUGUAACAAAUGUUUUUAUUUAUUCCUCCCAAGAUCAAGCUCACAUUGGUUAUUGAACAGACAAGCAUAUUGAUCUUGGCCUGUCAUUUUUAUGCUUUUUGUCUCUUAAUCUUAUCUAAAUGUUUACUGUAUUUUUUCAAAAGCCUUUCUCUUCAAUUUCAUUUCAAACAUUGAAUUUAUCAGUGUUGCUUUUUAACAUUUUCUUAUGCAAAGGAGAAUUGUCCUGAAGCAGCAGAAACUGUAUCAUAGUGCCUUAUUGAAACAUUAAACAGGAAGAAAACUAAAAUCUUUUUUUUUAAUUUUACCUCCAAAGAUUAAAUCUUUAAUCAAUAUUUUAGUUUGUACUUUUAUAUGAUCACUCCAUCAAAAGUAACAUGUCAGAUCUUUACUGUCAGGUAAGGGUUUUUUUUGUAACGUAAAGCUGUUGUCUUGCUUUUAUUUUGAAGGAUAAUAAAAAAGAGACACAACUGACUUUGCCAUUUGAAAUGAUCUGAUCUAAACCCGACUAAUUUUAAAGUUUUCCUCCCUUGAUCAUUUUCUGUUUGUAAAGUUACAUUCUGAAGAUUUUCUUUUGAGUUUUAUUUUACAUAAACUUUGUAUUUUUCUGAAUUGUAAUGCAAAGUCAGUCAUGUCCAACGUAACUCUGUAUAUACUGGACAUGUAAGAAAAGAAUUCUACAAGUAUUUUAUAUAGUUUCUCUUUUUGACUUGGUACUCUAAAAAUACCGCAACAUAAUUAACUAUGCAUGCAUUUUUUUAUUUCAAUGUAUAUAUUCUCAAGUAAGUAUAAGCUUUAUGCUCUCUUGACAUUUAAGUGUUUUGUUGCACUUCUUUUCUCUUUGUGACAGUAUUUCUUCACAUGGCAUUCCACUGUUUGUUUAUAUUUAAUUUUUUCCCUUUUUUUUGGCAAAACUCCCAAAUACCUUUCAAAAUAUGUGUACAUAUGUUUUGUAUAUUCGUUUGUAGUUCAUCAAGUCUUUUAUUUUCUCUCCCCAGACAUGUAUGAAGCUGUCGUACUUGCUUAUUAUGCAAUAAAGCCUUAUUUUCUUUAAAUCUGUGGCUGCAUUUCAUUUAGAUUUUAGAUUUAAAAUCACAAUCUCGGAGUGUGAAUAAGGUUUGCUUGACACGCAACUACAGAGUUGUUAUUUAGAGGGCUCACAAAAGGUUUCCAAUGCUUUACCCCAGCUGUUCAUGGUAUGGUGACUCUGGGAUAUUUUGCAGCUUUAACAGGCCUCUUGUGGUGAGGCAGCUGUCCUCACAGGGACAUUGUCAAC